GCUACAGUAGUCACAUGCCACAGCAAGUGUCAGACUGGGCAAAAAUCACAGUAGCCCUUCAGUUGCAUGUAACCUGAACAUAAGCAAGUUAGGAGGUGAUGGCAGGUAAGAUUUUAGUUGCCUAUAGUCCAAAUAGCUGCCAUAUUGGUAGCCUGUUAUUCAAAAGUGGCUCUGAUUGAUUGAAUUAUUCGUAUUAAUAGAAGUUUUGACAAAUGAGGUGACCUGAUUACUGAAAGGUUGCUAACGUAGGGCUGACUACAUUUUUCAAAUAAUAAAAGAUUCAAAACUGGGUGUUUUGGAAACACGAUUUCUGCUUUUUUUCUUUUCUUUUUUUUGGAGUACAGUGGUACCUUGGGUUACAGACGCUUCAGGUUACAAACUCCGCUAACCCAGAAAUACUACCUCGAGUUAAGAACUUUGCUUCAGGAUGAGAACAGAAAUCGUGCAGCAGCGGUGCGGCAGCAGCGGGAGGCCCCAUUAGCUAAAGUGGUGCUUCAGGUUAAGAACAGUUUCAGGUUAAGAACAGACCUCCAGAACGAAUUAAGUACUUAACCCGAGGUACCACUGUAGUUGACAUAUUUUAAGAUGAAGAAACUCAUAGCAAGUGUUGUUUCUUUACAUGCCCUAUUGCUCCCAAAGAAGUGAGUGAUAUACAUGGUUUGUGGGAUUUUCUAGUUUCUAUUUUGUGGUGGCAGUGGGGCUUGGUUUGUUCGGUGGUUGUCUUAAGGUACAAUCUGCAGCAAUUCCUUUUGGGGGGCUUAAAUGAUCAUUAACAAAUCCAGACAAGGCUGUUGUGGUAAAGGCAAUACAAAAGCUGCAGCCUGAGGGAAGAUUGAAGGGCUCUUCUCUGCAAUAAGAGAGUCUUUAGAAUUCACACUGCCCCUUUUGUAAAGCUUAGCAGGGUGCUGUACUAAUAAAAAGCCCCUGGCUUCUGAUGUCACUUCCUUUUGCUGUGUGAAAAACUUUCCCAUGAUGGGAGAUGCUGGCUUUGCAGUUGCAUGUAGGCUUUCUGCUGAAAUUUGCUUCUGCUCAGGUUCAUACCAUCCCUCCCCACCCCCACUAAAGACUUAUUUUGAUUUAAUUUAAAAACCAAACAUACACAAAAGGACUUUUCUCAGAACACAUUCAGGUCCAGUUUAUUGAGCAAUCUAUACAAAUGGUGUUGAAACACAUGAAGGGGGGUGUUUUAUUGGGGAUCCAGUUGCCCCUUUCCAUUGGCUUCACAUCUUCUGAAGAAGCAAGGUUGAUGAAGGGAUGUAUAUAAUCCUUUUCUAGGUAGUGGUUGCUGUUGCGGUACUUGUCUUAUUUGGGGGGAAUAUGUGUCUUGAUAAAUGACAUCCUUCAAAGAUGUGGCCUCUGUAUGAUUGCCAGAUGUUGUAGGACAGUUCUGCCCUAUUUUAAUCUGAGUUUCUGAGAGCUAUCCUGAUACCAUUUACAUUCUUCCUUGGUUCAUUUCCUUAAUUAAGAUGGCCCCAGACCUUGGUGAAGUGUGAGGCACAGUCAGUGGAAAGUGCUUGACUUGUAUUAUUUACCCCCCACCCCAAUUUGUAUACUGCUUCAUCACAGUCAUAGCUAAACACUGUACAAAAGACCCAAUAUGAUAAGACUGAAAAUGACUAAAAACUAUAAAAUCAGAAUUCAAUUAAAAAGCCUGCUGGAAUAUUUUUUAAAAAGUAUUCUUGUCCAACAAAUUGGGCCAACAAGUAAGAAUGCAUUGCUCCUUAUACAUCUGAACAGCGAGGAGCCAUUAACAUUGACUUCCCCAAAGACCUCUAUGAUCAAGCAGGGAUCAGUCAGUCCCUGAUUUUGUUAACAUACCCAUUUACCUGUCACACUCGUUUGAUUUCUCUUCAUCCCAAAUCAGGGCUGAUAAUCCUGAGAAUUGGUUUUUUGGGGGAUUUCAGAGAUGCAGUUGUCCUCUUGCCUUGCUUGUCAUCAUCUUUGGGCCAUAAAUGGAACAUUCCCACUGAACAUACAGCUUCAUAUUCAGGGUUUCUCUGCCCUUCUUAAGGUCAUCCAGAAUGCUAGGGUAGGUGUACCUCAUAUUCCUUGUGUGGUGAACUUUCCUGAUUCUCUGACAUGGUGGACAGAAGACAUUGUAGUGGGCAGAAGGGGCAGAGGUACCUCUUAACGUUCCACAAACACUAGCUUUCAAAAAGGUACUUCUAGCAUAACCAGAUAAAUAUAAUACAAAGCCACCUUUUUAGAUGAACAUAUCUGGGUAUACUAGUUAUCCUUCCCACCUAGAUUUAGGUAUUGGAUGCUGACUGCAGAUCACCAUAUCUACUAGGCAACAUAUCUUUGUAGUUUAGCUUUAUAACCAACAUCAGGAGCUGGUAAUAGGAACAUGGAAUUAAAAAUUAGCAGUUGAAUGUUUCUUGCCCAGGCAAGCCUUAUACCAAACUCUCUUCCUAGCUGAAAGUAUUUUGUUUAUGACACCCCUAAAUUGAAAAUGAGGAAAACCUAUGAAUGCUAACCGAUCCCUCUCCCCUUCCCUCUUCCCUCAGUUGUUGUUGUUAUUUCAGUUUGCUGCUGCUGUGUUUGUUUUGGUAUAAACUAAAACCAGAUCUCAAUGAAAUAUAAAAAAAACCCAACUCAUUCAGUCUCAUUCAGUCAGCUUCUGAGGCGACCACUAAUGACCUGAGGUGACUCUGCUUUUGUUUUUCAAGUAUUUUAAAUUGUAAACAGCCUUAGGUGCCUUGGCAGAAAGGUGGCAUAUAAAUGCAGUCUAUCAGCAAAAAUAAUUUUGACUUGAUCUGUUUAGGAGUUUUUGGAGGGCAGGGUGUGUGGCUAGGAUGGUAAAAGCAUGACCAGUUUUUUGUUUGUGUAAUUCUUCAGGCGGCAUCUAAAUGCGAUUGUUUGUGGGAGCUUACAGGAUUUGGAAGAGUUUUGUUCCCUGUUUGUUUAAUUCAUCCUAUUUCAUCCACCUCUAAAUGUGCUAUACUGUGUGGAAUUGUGAUAACAUCACUUAGACUUUCGCUUGCUUGAAAUAUCCAGGUGUCACUUUCUACAACAAACAACAAAAUUUUAGUCCUCGUGGUCAUGAAUAAAAGUUCUGAAAAGGUACGCUUAAGAAGUUAUGCCACUUUAAAAGUUCAGAAGGUAGGGGAGGGGAAGCAAGACUGGGCAUUGAUGGGAAGUGAUAAUGUGCAGCUUUCUUGGUCAUUGCUCCUUGCACUUGUCUCAUAAGAAAAGUCUUUCCUUUGCCUUUGACCUCUUACACCCACUCACCCACCCUGCGCCUUAGCGAAACCAACUUAGCUCUGCAAACCCUCCCUGGCAAUGUAAACUAAAUGUACUCAUGCGUUAGAAUUUGUGCCAGUUCAUGCUAUUUCUUUCAUCACACAGGUAAAUCGUUGGCUGCAUGUGUGAUGCUUAGUGAGUUUGAUACUGAAAUCUCCCCUUGAAUGACUGCCACACACCCUUGUAGUACUACAGAUUGCUUGCUAGGGUGAGAACUUAGCAGAAACAGUAGUGGAAGCCUUGAGCUACAAGACGCCUUUUGAAAAAAGAAACAAGACGUCCUUGGCUAGUACAAGCUGGAGGGGAAAAUGUAAUUGUUUGUCCUUGGAAGCCUUAUAUUGCGUGUGCGUUGCAUAGAUGAAUCUGUACAGGCUUCCCCUCUCCAUUGUAACCAUAAAUUUGACAUAAUUCAUCCUAUUUUUCUUCCAAGUGUGCAGACUCCCUAUCCUCCUUGAGUCCGCUGAAGAGUUAAUCCAGCUUGUGAAUUGUACUGCUCUAUUUCAUCUGUCUUAUUGUGAAAGCACCUAUAUCCUCCUACCAGUUUUCUGAAAUCUGCCCAUCCUCCAUGCCAAAUUAGUUUCUUGCUUUCACCAGGCAUGAAGAAAGCAUCCAGUUUAUUGCAGAUAGCACUGAAUUACAUGGUAGCUUACAUCAGAUUUACCCCCGUGGCCCUUUGCUCUGGUUGACCUACUUCAAAAGGUCUUGAGCUCUUGGAGACUGGCACUUCAGUUUCUGCCUAGAAAUCAAGCUGGGCUGCUGAAGCAGGAAUGUUUUUUUCUUAGGAGAAUGAGUCAAAUUGUGCCUGUUCUCUUUCCCCAUGUGGUGGUUUAAGACUGCACAUUUUAUGUAGGAAGUGUGCAGAGGUGAUGUUACAACUAUGCCUAAUCUGAAGUGCCCUCUGUUUUUGUUUUCUCUGGUCUGGAUAAUGAACAACUAACAACUAAACCUGGACAAGAUGUUAUGAUUCAUGGCGCUCUUUCCUGUGGCCCUAGGGCAUCCUGGGAAACCUGUGGCCCUCCAAAUGUUGUUGGACUCCAACCCCCAUCAACCUUGACCUUUGGCCAUGCUGGCUGGAACUGAUGGAAUCCAACACCUGGAGGUUUCCAAUCUCAGCCCUAGUGGGUUUCCAUGUUACAGCAUUUGCAGUUGUGUAUCAGGUCCACCAGCUGAAAGAUUACGAUGCUUGGCAGGCUGUGUAGUGAAACAUGAGGCUAUGGCAGAUGUGCCGAAACCGAACCACUCCCUAGAUCAGUGGCAGGCAGACUUCAGGCUUAUGGGAUGUACUUUGGUUGGGUUUUGUUUGUUUGCUUGUUUGUUUACCAGAAUCCCAAAAUCACCAGCUCGAGUCAGGUGCUUUAGUGGCUUGUGGUGAGAUAGGGACAUAUUCCUAUAAUUAAGGAACAGGAUGUCUUUGAGCAGAAAUUUGUUUUCAUAGGUUAAAUGAGCUCACAGUCCUAUCACCCAAAACCCCACUCCUGGUAUUACUCCUAAACUUUCUUCAGCAGCCUAAAUUAGCAGGAGAGGGGUGGCUUUUUGUUGUUGCCACUUAAACAGUUGAGAGUCAGAGUUCUUGCUGACCUACUGCAGAUCACUCCAGAUCUACCAGUAGAUCCUGAGCUACUUACUGCCCACCCCUGCCCUAGAGCAAUCCUCAAAUAUUUUGAAGUGGGACCCACCCAUACACUUACUGAACCUUAUGGGACUCACUUGUAAAUUAACAUGACCUUUGGGUCUUCCCUUCCCAUUCUACCACAGAAAAGUCAAGAUUAUCAUACGAAUAGUUAACACAAUAUUCUUGUUUUCCCUGUUUAAUGUUAAUAUAGCUGUGUGCACGUGCAGAUAUACAAAUAGAUAUACAGCUGGAGGAGGCAUAAAUGACAUGGACUUCUCGUCCCCAAAUAUAUGUCUGCUCCCCACCACAUUGCAGUGGUCACUCUGAACUGUACAUACACAUAGCUCGUUCUGGGAAUUAAGGACAAGUUAAACUUCUGUUCCAAAAUAAACACAUGUAUUUGAUUCCACCUCAGUCUUUCCAUAUAGUUGUUGUUUAGUCGUUUAGUCAUGUCCGACUCUUUGUGACCCCAUGGACCAAAGCAUGCCAGGCACUCCUGUCUUUCCAUAUAGUACAUAACAGCCUGCUGGAUCAGGCCAAUGGCCCAUCUAGUCCAGCAUCCUGUUCUCACAGAUGCCUGUGGGAAAGUUGUAAGCAGGAUUCGAGGCCGAGAGCACUCUCUCAUCGGGUGAGUUUUCAGUAACUGGUAUUCAGAAGCAUGGCAGCCUCUGACCAUUGGAGACGGAGCACAAUCAUCAUGGCUAGUAGCCAUUGAUAAAGUUAACCAGAAGACUUUGCAUAUAGAAGCAGCCCAGUCCUUUGACACUAUGUGCUGUUCUGAUUCUGGUGCUCUUCUAGACUAUUUCUCCUUUGGCAAAGAGCACCCCGCUCCCGUCAUACCUGUUCGGAGCAGCUUUCCGUUCUCCUCUUGGAACUGCCAGGUUCGAAUGCGGCAUUCUGGAGUGCUUUGUGCCAGCUGCUGCUGCUGCAGCGCUUAUAAGGUACUGCCUAAGGCAGAGCUAAAUAUUCUGGGGGCAUAGUUGAGAUCUCAGUGGUUCAAGCUCCAUAUGGCUCAAAGGGAUUAGUCAAGACUGGUCUCAGGGAUUAACUGGGAGGGGGAAGGGGAGCGGGCAUGUGGAAGGAGGGGAAAGUUGCUGAGACAUUAGAGAGAUUUAGAAAUCUUGGUUUAGGAGCCACAUUGAAGCAAAUCUGGUAAAAGAGCCAUACAUGGCAGGAAAGGAAAUCUCUGGAGGUGAAAGGGAAGCAAACUACAGCAUAGCACCUUGUUUCUAAGCUGCAUCCCAAGUGAACAUUUCUGCCAGGAAAUACUUGCACAAUUGUUUCUUAAUUACAGAAUAUGAAAAAAAGAGAGUGAGGCACACUGAUAGGAAUGAUAUCCAGCACUAGUGUAGCCCAUUGCAAAUGCUUCUCUUCUAAUGCCUUUCUAAACAUUGUCAUUUUUUGGCUGGUGUACUGUUUUCCAAAUUCCUGAUACAUGGGGCACAAUGUUAUUUUCUGGAUUAAAAUUGGAGGCAUACUACUCGAUUCGACUAAAAAUAAAUGUAUGCAUGUGUGUGUGCAUGCGCGUAUAUAUACACACACACACACACACACACACACACACACACACCCCAACAAUAGACAGGCAUUAUCUUUCAUCUAAGGGAUAGCCAAUUCAUUUUACCUUCUGGGGUCACCCAGUUCCUUUCACCAGUUAGUCGGGACUCUGGAUGGGACCAUACUUCAUGGGCAGCAGUGAUUCUUAAGGGAUUUUCCCCAUACCUCUCACCUCUAGGCCAAAUUGCUUCCAAAAAUAAAAAUCCUGAUGCAUGUUACUCCUUCCCACAGAAUAUGAUCACUGCCCCAUAUAUUGUGAGUGGGAAGGAAAUGGUUGGUGCACAGACCCUACCUGCGCUGAGGGAUAUAGAGUGUUGAGAACAUCUAAGACCCCUGACUUAUAUAAACCCCUGUAUAUAUUUCCAUGGCACACCUUGGGAGAAUAACUGUGCCAGUGACUUUGUGAGGGGUUCCUGUUCCACCAUUUCCCACCUAUCCUUUUCUUGUAUUUUGAGGGGCUUCUCAAUUUUCAACCAAACAUAAACCCAUUUCAUAAUCUUGCUCAGUUUUUGUUCUUAUUCCUGUAAGAUUCCUUUCUUCAUUCUUUCUUUUACUGAAAACAUAGUAGAGUCACUGAGAGCUUUCUAGGAAUGGAACCGAUAAUAAAAGUGCACUCCCUUGGCGAUUAUGAAACUCACAAAUUCUUUCACUCUUAAUUUGUGAAGAUUACAAUAUUUGUGAAGAACCAAGAUGAUCUUGGUUUCAAGAAGCUUUCCUUCCUCUUUUAGGAAGCUAUUCAAACUCACCUCUUAAAUGAAUGUAAAUCCCCCUUUGCUCUUUAAAUUAAAGAAGAAGAGUGAGUUUCAUAAUAUCUCAUUGUCUCCAAAGAUCCUCUCAGAUCUCUGCACAGCAGUGGGCCUUUUCUGAAACGUACAACCACAAAAUCCCAUGCACCACUUCUAAGGCAGUAGGACCUUUUAAAGUGUGUGGUGUGAAGAACUAAGGCACAGGACCACCAAAGAAAGAGCUCAAUCUGCCAUUCUGAAAGAGAUUCCUUUGCCCUUAGUUCACUUGCAGCACUUCUAAAACAAGUUCUUUUGUUGUUUGCCCUUUCUUGCCCGGUCCUGACUAGUCCCACAAAUGACCAUCUGGUACACCUCAUGACUUAACCUUAGCACCGACUCAAAGGAUUUGUUCCAUGUCCUGGAUAGAAAUAGAAAACGCUGGCCUUUGGUGGGUGAAGGAUUUGAUCGUACUGCAAUCAUGCUGCCCUUAUAGGACAGUUCUGCUGUGUGUCACAGCCAGUCCUGCUUAUAACUCUUCCUCCUCAGUCAUGUUCUCCUUACAGAUUUAAAGCAAGGAUGCAGCAUCAAGUUGUGUCAAAGCUUUCUACUCAUUUUGUAGUCUGAAAGCAAGUGAAGCCAGGAGUUCAUGAAGUCAUUCAGUUAGGCACUCAGCACCCCAGUUAACUGUCAAGAACCACAUUGCCACAGCCAUAAAAGCUGACUCUGCAGUGAGGUAUGGAUUUACAUCCCUUGGUCUUUUUGUGCACAUAGUGCUGUAUCCCAGUGGACUUUGAAAAAUGUGGAGUAUUGCUGGUCUAAGAAAGACACGAGCAAAUACAGAGAUGUUCUUUCCUUUCCAAAAGAGCAAAAUAGGGAAUGCAUAGGUAAGUUUUUGAAGGAGGUUCAUUCCUUGGAUUCAGAAUAUCAUGCCCUGUAAAGCUCUUUCUUGGUGGGUGCACUAACAAAAGAUUUUCAUAAGUUUCUGCUGUUUUGCAUGGUUUGUUUGUAAACACUGCUGACAUACAUAGAAGGAUCCUGGGAAGUUCUUCUAAAUAUUUUUGUGUCUCCACCUCUAAUAUGAGGUGGGCAACCCCAGAUCUGAGCCUGUGACUUCCGAGGUAAAAUGUGACGGACCCCAUGAGGAGGCUGCCAGAAAACACAUCUGUGUAGGAGAACUUGGUGUGUUGCUUGUGACAUUUGUGUGGUGCUCCGUGAAUGUUAGAUGGACAAGUAUUGAAACUUGUCACUGUAGUAUCUAUCUACACAAUAAACAGUUUGCAAUAUGGUGGCCACUUGUACAUCAUCAAAAAAGGGACAAAAUACUAUACAGUACAUAUUUGCAUAAAAUUUGCUUAUGCUGAUUCAUGUGUAUAGAUGCAGAUUUAGAAAUAAUUACUAUAAAUACAAUGCAUCUUGCCAUAUUAGGAAAGACUUACGACCAGGUGACCAGUGCAACUUCAAAGUGUCUCCUUUCCCUUCUUACGAUCUUGAUCCUUAAAACAGACUUGGAAUGGACAGCCUUUCAUAUAGAGGGCUAUCCUCUAUAAAGUGGGAUGUUUAUGAUGACCUUAGCUUACCAAUAUUUAUGGGUACUACAGAGGGAAGAAGAAUUGUCACAAAAUGGCCUCCCAUCGUACUGACGGAUUACAUUCAGUCAGCUUACACUCACUAUCUGGUAUUACCUUUGACUUCUAUGUGCUGCCAGCUACUACCAUAUUUUAGUGGCCUUGAUGUGGAAACUUUAAAAGUUUGAAUUGGCCCUUAGAUUGUCAAGAGAUGUUUUCAGCCAAUGAGAGAACUUUAUCAUUCAUUUGGCUUUUCUGUAAGCUUCAUCUAGAACUUGCAUUGAUAGACACAGUCCUCCGAAUACUCUUCAUUUAUUUUAAGUGUUGCCAUACCAGAUGAGGAGGAGAAAAAGACACACGUUGUGACCACCAUUUUUCGGGGGGCUGAGGGAACUUUUAGAGAAAGGAAGAAUAAUAGGAAACAGCUGAGAGCUGCCAGCAGUUAAUGCAGUGGCCAUGUUGACCCUUUUCACCUCAAUUUAAGGCCUUUCCCUCUUGUUGGUGUAUUUAAUACUUAUCAGCUGUGUUUUGUAGACUAUAUUACAAAACCACUUGCUAAAAAUGGUAAUUUUGCGUUAGCUUGACACACGUUUUUGUUCGAGGACAGGGAGAUCCCCCCUCCUCUUAAAGAAGGGGUAGCGGGGAGAGAGCUUUUGUAGAAAAUGUACUCUUCACAGAUCAGUAGGCAAGCCAAUUAUGGGUCUUUCUGAAAGCAUGCUCACCAGUGUGCCUGAGAGGGGAUUUAUUUAAACAUGGAGAGGCUGGAGGGGGAAGGGGGCGGAUUGGGGGAGACGUGUUACUGCUUCUCUAGGUAUACAAUGCCUAUUUGAAUAUCUGUGAAAGGUUACAGCAGCAUUUGAGAAAAGGGUUUUUAUAUUAUUGCGUGAAGAUGGUGGCCAUGUAGCUGUCAGCUUUUUGUCUAAAUGAAAUGGGCAUCUUGUCAGGGGCAGGCAGAUGGUGCUCACCUGCUCUUGGGCGAGCUCUCCAGCAGUCACCAUAUAACAGACAGCUGCUAGCAGUAAAAUAGGCUUAAGCAAAUGUGAUAUUUUGGCAUUCAAGUGCAAUAAGAAUGAGUGAAAGUCUUUAGUAUAUGUAUUCCCCUUCAUCCCCCCCCCCUUUUUUUUAAUCUGGGAAACAGUAUAUAAAGUACUCACCCCUUGGCAGAAUAUUUCACGUUUUCUAUUUUUUUGUUAACAUGCUGGUAUACUUCCAGAAUAGGGACCCCCCCAAUUAUAUAUUUUUCUCUUCAUUUUUAUGCACCCCACCCUUCCAGAACCUAGCUGACCAAGAUUUCUUCCCCUCAUCCAGCCACCAGGCAAUCACACCUAACUGAAAAGUCAGAGGAAAUAGCUGGCUAAAUACAAAGACAGCAAAACAUAUCACUGAAGCUUACGUUUCUAAACCUAAUUCAUAUUUUUCAUCUCCCGCCCUUCUCAGCUUUUCCCAAAAGAAUUCCCCUUUCAGGAUGAUAGGGUUUAUUUUUAAUGCUGACAAUUCCUCAUGCUGCAGCUUCUGUAGUGCCGUUCCUAGUUUCCACUCAGCAUGUCUCUCACACCCCUUGUUCUACCCUGAGGACAUAGAACACAGCAUAAUUUAUCAAAGCAACUUGGGGCAUUCCAUUAUGUGACAAUUUUAGAAGUUUAGGUGAGCAAAUAGGACUUUUUCUAUUGAGCUCCCCUUAUGUGGCAUGGGUCAUACUGGAGUGAGCUCAUCCAAAGUUUUGGAUAAUCAAGAAUUCAUAGGAAUUGGUGUGUGAGAGAGGCAGCUAUCUGCCUGAAAGACACCAAAUGUCAGCCCCCUGCCUAAAUUCAAAGAAGUGAAUGGAGGAUACAACCAGCCCAGCCCUUGCCAAGCAAUAAGCAGAAACAACAGACACUCCAUAAUACUUCCUUCACAAAGGGCGGUGGAGCAGCAGCAGAAGGUACUGAGUACCGGUCACUACAAUCAGAAAUUGUGUGUGUAUGUGUGUGUGUGUGUGUGUGAGAGAGAGAGAGAGAGAGAGAGAGAGAGAGAUGCACACUUAUGUAUGUAUGCAUGUAUGGGUAUUGAGAGGGGAUAUUGUAAACAAUAGGGGCAAAUGACCAUAAAAUGCAAGAGGUAUAGUCUUUGGCAAAGCUUAAAUAUGUACAAGGUAAGUACAGUAACCAUUAACAGCAGCAGCAACAACAACAACAACGCCCAUCUGGCUGGGUUUCCCAGUGCCAAUUAUUGGUGAACGGCUAUACUGUGUUUAUUUUGUAUAUAUUUAAACAAGACAUAAGAAUUGUCAUCUGCUGCAUUUCACAACCAUUUAGACCAAAUAUUUACAUUUUUCUUUCUAUAUACAUGUGUGCGUACAAUAUGCACUUAUCAACUGAAGAAAGCACGCCAUCCAUCCAGUCAAGUGAAUAUUAUAUUGUUAGUUUGCUCCUGCAAAGCUGCAAAUACUUUUAUGCCUUUUAAUGACUAGCAUGGUCAACCUUUAAUAGCUGAAUUGUGACUGUAGGAUAUGUUGAGACAGUAAUGCUCUUAGAGCAUGCCUUUCCCAACAAAGCUUGGUUCGGGGUUUGGGACAGGUACAGAUUCUUCACAGCCUCUGUGCAGUCCUGCAAAUGCAAAUUCAGGCUGCGAAUUGGAACCUUUCGGAGGGCUGGUGAAGGCAUAUUCAAUGCAUCCUUCUUGAUUUUAAUACCUUCAGUUGGGGCCACUUUGCGUUGCUUUUAAAGCCUUGUAUGCUAUGUAUUCUCCAUAAGGGAAUCAGCCUCCCUUUUUCUAUGGUUGCCUCCCAAUGCCCAGUUGAGUGUAUUGCCCAUUUGUGUUUAACUUUGUGUUGAGUUGGCUGUUUUGUUGUUUUCUUUUCUUCAGAGGAGUGGUAUUUUACACACCCCCUUAUUUAUAUUGUUUCGAAUAUCGGGGGGCGGUGGAUUUUGAAGAGCUUCAUCAUCUAGAUUCCUCUUAUGAUGCCUUUUAUCUUUAAACAUAAAGAGAGAUGAAAUGCAAGUACAUGUGUGUGUCCAGACGGGAGGUAUACUGAUCAGCCAUGUGGCAGAGUGACCCUUGGUAAUUGCAACAUGGUGGUUAUAGCACAUGAAGUGAGAAGUGUUGCAGCGAGUAAACACCCAUCUGUUUUAAUACUCACAACUUUGCAGAAACUCUGGCAAUUUACCUCUCCCAACAGCUUUGUUGCCUCGCUUUUUUCUUUUGUUUUAAAAACUCUGAAGAUUGAGCUGUAAGCUUUUUCUUUAAAGCGUGUGUAAGUAACAGAAGAUACAGGCCCAGAGGGAGCCAGUACAGCAGUAAAAUGAGGCAUAAUUUCUCUCUUGGAGUAGCAUGGGAGUGAAGCUAUAGUGUAGGGUGUGAAGAAAUAUUGAUGGUGUCAAUUGUCAUGCCAAUAAAACAAAACAAUAUCGCCUGAUACAUUAAUGGUAGAUUAAUUGUUCUAAAGCCAUUGCAGAAUCUAAUGAAAGUUUUAUAUAUUUAUUUUAUAUAACUUUUUUGGCAGGUGGAGCCUUUAAAUGGCUAGUAUUGAUUGUUGGAUUAGAGCCUAGUGUUUGCUGCUGGUGGAAUUACUAGAUGAAAAUUUAUAGUUAAUUAAUACCUGUGUAUGUACAUCAUUUUUAAGCCUGCUAAUUGCAUGUGCCUUUGGUGAAAACCUUUUUGAGUCCUUCUGGCAGUGUUGGGAGCUCAUAAACUUUUUAAAAUUGUUUAGAUUGGAGAUGGAUGUUGUACUGGUGGGUUGGCAUGGCUGAAAACCGUAACCCAUGCCUUGCAAGCUAGAUCGACAGAGUGAUGAUGUUUCUGCUCAUUUGCAAUUGUCCAAGGUUUGGAAGCAAAAGUAAGCCUCCUAGAUGGUUCUGGUACCGGGUGGUUGCGGUUUCCUUGGGAAUGUAGCCUUUAGGUGCUUCUAGAUGUUAGGAAAGGGGUGGGGGCAGGCCUUGGGCCCUUUUUGCCUGAGUCAGAGAAAGAGGCAGAGUGCAUCCCGCUCCUUCACCUGUGCCUACAAAUAGUUCCCUUUCCCCUGAUCCCCCUGUUCUUCUGUCUUUUUACAGGCACCUUUCAAGCCACACCAACUUCCUGCCUCUAUUGCUUUGCAAGCAGGCAAUAAUUUAUGAGGAGGCCUCUUUCUGGUUGAAUGGGAUUGGCCCUGUGGAAUAGCAGACUUCCCAAAGGGCUGUCUUCCGCCACUCAGCCUUGUACCUUCCCAUUCCUCCCCUAUAUCUCGGGUAUUUGAGCAAGGAGUGGGUGCUCCUGGAAGCCCAAGUGGGAUUGCUUUGUGAAAAAAUAAAUUUGUACUUGCCGCUCUUGCCCUAUUGCACUGCCUUGUGCUUCCUUUCUACAGAGAUUCUGUUGUCUCUGCUUCUGGACAACUUCAUCAUCUCCAAGGAGAGUUCUUUAAUAGUUAUUAUUCAACCAACACUGCUGGAGAAUUUGAACAUAUACCUGUUCGGCUUGCGUAGUACUGAUGGCCCUGGAAAGUGGAUGGUUACUGGCAUAUACUGUACUGAAAUUUGAAGUCUUUAAAACUGCAGUGUUUGGCCUUAGAGGCAUCGUGACAUGGCAGAAAUGCUCAAAUACAAGGCACUAAACGCUGAGUAUACUCUUUCUGUGCUUUAGGAAAAAGAUGCUUUGAAGCUGACAUGCUGUCGUAUGUCAUCCCACCCAUCUCCCAAGUAUUUUAUGUGUGGCUUGAUUACUGACAUACUAUUAAAUCCCUUUGUUGACAUAACACAAAAUGAGCGCACUUGUUUUCCUCUGCCAAAUGUAUACAUCUUGCGUUCUUACGCUUGGGAGCAUUAUCCAUCCAUGGAGGGUGGGGGUGGACGGGGAAGGAAACAAUCAGCUGCUGAAUAGCUUGAAUGAUCUCUAAAAACACUUCUCUACCACCAGCUUUUAUGACAAGUAGAUAAAGAUGCUAAAAGUUGUAAGGGGAGCUAAGCAGCUUAACUGAGUUGAAUUUUCUAGUCAGCUGGCUAGCAUUAUGAAUGACUGAAGAUGGCAAUAUGAAGCUGUUGCUCAUACUCCCUUUUUAGCAUACUACUGGUUUGAAAGAACACCCUGGUCAGUAUGAAAGCAAACUUUAGAAAGUUAGAAAAACUAUCUUUGGCGAGAGUAUUCUGUCUUGCCAUGUUUUUAGGGUGUAUGUCUGCAUGACCUGGUUUUUGGUAUGAUAUGUCGUGAACGUACAGGCGGUACAGUCAGCAUCUAAUUCUUUGUCAUGAUCCUGAAUAAUAUUCCACUUUCAGCUUUCAUGUGGGUGGGGGAGAGGACAGCUGAAGAGAAACGCUACAGGGGAUGCUGCUAAAGACCUAACCUGUUAUGUUUCUUAUUCCAGAACACGACAGCUCUGUUGAAUAGAGCACAUCAAAACUUAAAUUCCAUAGAAUGCAAGUUGCAGCAAAUUUCUUUGUAAUGUUUUCGAUUUUGAUGUGCUUACAUGACUUAACAAGCAAGUGGUUUCCUCAAAGCUUUCAAACACUGCAGGGCUACAAUGCCUUAAAUUUCUCUCCCCUCUUUGUGUGUGUGUACAUGCAUGCAGGCUUCCUUUUUUUCUUUUCCUGUUUUACACUUGUUCAUGUUCAUUCCCCCUUUUAAUUUGGUUGCUGUGAAGUUUUACAACCCUGCCAAGCUAUUUCCUUGGGAUAUAUUUAGACAAAGCAAGAUCAGCAGAGAGUCUCAGUAUGUUUGUACAAGGAUGUUUGUAAAUGUUAGCAAGUAACCACUGCCAGGCUUUUGAACGUGUAUGUCCAUGAGAUACCACCAAGAGCCAUUGACAAAACUGUGAAUGACUGGAGAGGUUUCCUAAUGGUGAAGAGGGAAGCCUGUGUGUGUGAAAACUGAAGCUGUCCUGGUGUAGCUGCCUUGUCAGAUUACUCUUUACAAGAGAAACAGGAAAACAGGCCUUGUAUUAGCAUGAGGUACUAUGAAAUUGUUAGCUUUUUAAACAUGUAUUGGUUAGUGUAUUUGUAACAGAAUAAAAUCAGAGCUCUAACUGACUUGAGGGACAAACCUUUGACUUGUAUCUGGAAUGGCUGCUUAGGUCUGUGACUGUCAGGGAAGGAAAAUUGUAAAUCUGAUAAAUCAUUAGAAAAUUCAAGAUGGAAUUUAUAUUCGUCAGUAAUCUUCCCCCUCAGUAAAACCUUCUUAACCCUUCCCUCAUAAGCCCCUGCAGGAAAGUUCCAGAUCAGGAAGACACACACACACACACAAAUUUACAGUGUUGGUACUGAAAAAUCCACACUGCUUUUAUUAUUUAUUCAUUUAUUAAAUUUAUCAGUCACUUUUCUGCCACGGCAACUCAAACCCCUCAUAGACUCAUAGAGUCAUCUACUCCAACUCCCUGCAGUGCAGGAAUCUUUCUCCUAACAUGGGGCUCGAAUUUAGGACCAUGAGAUUAAGAGUCUCAUGCUCUACCAACUGAGCUAUUUCAUACCGGUAAACCACAUAAACUACAGGCAUAUUACAGUAUCUUUAAGCAAAAAAGGGUGGGGCUGUAGCAACAGUCUCCCACCCGCAAUGAUGGACACACACACACACACACAUAUCAGAGGUACUAGAAAAUAAUCACACACCUCUUUUUUCUAAGCAUUAGAUCAGUGUUUCUAAAAGUUAAUGUGUGCUCAAAAGAACCACUUAGAUAAAUAUCUUGCUGGUAACAAAGGCACCGCUGUUUAUAAUCAUUUUCAACAUUUAAUAAUGUUUUGACCUGGAACAUAAGGGUGAGUGGGCGAGUGAGUAAGUGAAUGAAUGAAUGAAUGAAAGUUAUAUAUAAAAUUUAUCUGUGUAGAUGGUUCAGGUACCCCUGCCCACCCAUACUUGAAUUGUACAGAAGGCAUAACAUGAAAGAAACUGUUCCAACUGUAACUAUGAAACUUUUAACUUUUAUCAGAGCACUGGUUUUGUUAUAUGAUGUUGUGGCAGCACCAGGAGACCUACCAUCAUCCAAGAUGCAAAACUGAUCACUUGCAAUCGCCUUGUGUUACCUUGGCUGCUAACAUGCAAUGCUUGUUUUGGAGAUGCCUGUUUUGGGUACCAAAUCUGUCCCAUUCAUGUAAUGCUGGACCUUAUAGCUCAACAUAGAGAGACUAUGCCAUAAUUCUAUAAACUUCCCAAUGUAUAAUUCUAUACACUUCUAUACAUAUCAAUAUACUGGUGCUGUGGGUGGAGCUUUUGUGGUGAAAAGUUGAAUUUUUUUCUUGGAGUUUUAUGUCUGGACAGGCUGGCUGAGCAGAUGACUCUCACUGCUGAAAUUUGGUCCAAAUCCCUGUCCUUUCAAGUGCUGUUCAUAUCUGAUGCCUUAAUUUGGGAACAAUUCUUCUAACCUGGAAUAGUCUUUCCGAAGGUAUAAUUUUGAACAAAUGAAGGUGCCUUAUACAGAGUCAGAUAUCCAUCUCAUUUAGCCCAAUAAUGUCAGCUCUAAGCAGUAAUAUCUAUUGCCAGUGGCAAACUGCUUUCCAAGCCCUGCUACCUGAGAUUCAUUUAAAUAGGGACAACAGGAAUCAAACCUGGAACCACUCUGAAUGCUACGCACGUAUGCUACCCCUGAAUUAUGGCUUCUUAUACAAGUGCGUCAUAUGUAUUUGUAAAUUUAGAUGCAGUUUUGAAUGAAAACACCCUUCAUGCGCUUGGCUUCUUAAAGACUUUGGCAAAACCAAUUUCGGUCAUCUAGUUCCUCCUACAAGAGUAAAUUUCAGCAAGUGGUAGAUAGAGCAGUAUGAUUAAUUAGACUGCUAGAACAUUUAGGACUUGCAUUUCAAAUAGCUGUUCUUCAUGUUUCCAGUGUGUUUCAGAAAGAGAGGAUUAAGCUGUGUGUGUCAACAGUUGGCAGGGAAAGGGAGACUUAUGUGUAACUUAUGUGCACACUAUUCAUAAUUUAUUGUAACACAUGCUUUUAGAUGUUAGUUGGAAAGAGUGUAGCAGUCUAUUUUAAUUAUUAUAGUUACAGGCUAUUAGCACCACAUCUAAGAGUAAAGCAGUAUUGCUGUUAAUGUGGAAAUUAUUCCAAAGUACCUGAUAUUUCAUUCACAGUGUAUCCCAGCCUGUCUUAAAGGAGUUCUGAAUACUCUGUGCAAAAUUUUGUCGGGGGGGGGGUGGCAACCCUUUAUUUAUAUACAAGAUCCUUCAACUGCGUGCUCAUGAAUGCCCUUGAAGUUUGGCCACAAAGGCCCGUCAGAGACAUAAUGGCUUGGGUUUAGACAUUGUGGCCCGUGGUUGGGAACUUGCUUUGUGUUUGCACAUUUCUUCCUUCCUGUCUUUUUUAACUUCUGAAUCCAUACAAUAUGAUUCCAUGGUUUUCAUUUCUGGUUUGGAGGCCAAUCAUGGUUUGUGGGUAACUAGAGUUUGCCUUAUUUCACAUGCAAACCAUGGUUACAGCAAAGCAGGAAGAGCAGAAAAAGAGGAGGAGGGAGUGGGAACAGAGCACAUCCCUGACAGCAAAACUGGACCAAUGUUUCCAGACUUCUAACCACAGUUAAGCAAUUGGGAACUUGUUGUGAGGCUCUCCUUUCAUGUUGUCUCAACUCUUUCAUGACACCCAUAUUUUCAGCAUUAACCAUGGUGAAGCAUGACAUCUGUAAUAAGAUGAUCAUUAACAAGCAUUGCCUUUUUAUCCCAGAAUUUACAAACCAGCUUCAAACCGAACUUCUAAAUUCUAGUUAAAGCUAACCAUGGUUGACAUUAAUGUUUGUGCAGAUACAAUGUAAUGCUCUGAUUAAUGCUGAAAAUGGGAGAGUGGAACAUCCCUAACUUUAACUAUGGUUAGAAGAUCAGGAGUAUAAAAGUUUACCAGGCAUUAAGAAUGUAGUGCUAGGGCAACUUUUCAGAUCAUCUUUGGGCCUAGUGCCUGAGAUCGUUAUCAACAGGUCUAUGACUUCUACAACUAACCUGCGUAUUUGACCCUUAGAAAUAAAAUUAUAUUUUAAAAAUUAGAUUAAAACCUCCAUUUGUGGGUACAGCAAGCAGUUGGCAACAGCUUUUACUCAAUUGCUGUCCUUGCUGGGAGCCACAAAAGACCUAGAAAUUGAAAAGUAGCAGGGAUGUAGGCUUUUACUCUUGCUUUUGACUGUUUAAACGAUGGUUAUGCGUAACUGCUGCUAUAUUGCAGAUACAUACAGAGAGAGAGAGAGAGAGAGAGAGAGAGAGAGAUGUUUAUAUGCAGCAGUAUAAGUACUCAUUAGGCUUUUCAAGGAGUGAAUGUUGCAAAAAAAAGUGUUGGUAAUUUCACAAACGCAGCCCAGGCAGAAGUACGCAGGAACUAUUAACCCAACAGGGCAGUGAGAUGAAUUUUGAAAUAAAAACAAACAAACCCAUCUCCUGCUUAGAUCUGUAUGAAAUAGCCAAGAUAGUGCUUUACUCUAAAGUUAAUCGGGUUAGCAUGAGGUGUGGUAGUGUUCUAUUAUUAAAUUUAAAACCUCACUAUAUAAGAUGAAGGCAGCUUUAAUGAGAUGAAAAGGCUUAACAGGAGUCCACUUAAAUUCAGUCUUACCUGUUUGUGCAGUCUGUUUAAACCCUGACCCGUAGUGUUGUCGUUUCUUUUACGCUUUUGUAGUCUAGACUUUGGGAAGAAAACUGGGCAGAGAUAUUAUCAGUCUGACCCAGCCAUCUCUGCUGGGGAUGGGCUGUAGUAGUGUGUACCCUCAGGAUAUGUUUCUUGGACAAAAGCACCCUUUGGUAUUUUUGAAGAGCCACUUGGAUAUUAGUCAUUGCUGAGACAAAUUUAUGCUGAUGAAUCAAAACACCCUUAUCAGAUAUUUUGGACACUGUUGUCCUUCUUCCUGCUUACCUCUACUAUUGUAGGUUACUUUUAAAUGUUCCAUUUGCCUUAUGUUGACUUUUUUAACUAUUAUACCACACUGGCUCUUUGCAGUAGCAUCUAGUUUUUGCCUGGCAUGUUAUUUAAUAGACUGCUCUUCUUCCCUAUUAUUUGACAAUAAGGUCAGUGCUGAGCUUCCUUUGGAACAUUAAAAUCUGUCCCAGACAUGAAGCACAUGGCGGUGGGGUGGGGUGAGACAAAAGCCUACCAAACUUUGCUUGUCCAACCGGUCUGUGAGGUUGAGCAGAGAGACCCCAAGGGCCAAGAAUUAUGCUUGUGAUUCAAGUGGGAAUAUAUACCCAUACUUUAUGAGGUUAACUUCAAUUUUCAGCACAGUGACCCAUUAAGCUGCUUUGCUUUGUGCCACUUGUAACGGGGGAAAGAAGCAGUGGGGAUGGCAGUUUGUGAUUAUCCUGACAGGGGGAUUGAAUGAAAGGGACGUGAGUGCUGAAAUAAGCACUAUUUGCCCCUUACUGUUCAAAUAGGAGAUUGAACGAAAGACCCUUGAGCGGAGCAUUUUGAGCUAAAGGUGCAAAUUCACAGACUGUCUUAUCUAAACUGCUAAGGUACUUACUCUGGAAGCUUGUCAGCAUGUACAAAAUAGUAGGAGGUUAAACAGUCAAGAGGCAUGCUACCGCUUACACCUUCCUAGUUGUGUCAAGUCUUCUCUGGUGCGCAUCAGCGAGUUUCUUUCAUAAAAUGCAUUGCUGUUGUCAUUGCUAUUUGUCUCUUAGUUUGGAACCAAAGUGCCCAUAAUACUGCGGGCCAAGCUAAAGGUAAAGGUAAAGAGACCCCUGACCAUUUGGUCCAGUCGUGACCGACUCUGGGGUUGUGGCGCUCAUCUCGCUUUACUGGCCGAGGGAGCCGGCGUACAGCUUCCGGGUCAUGUGGCCAGCAUGACUAAGCUGCUUCUGGCGAACCAGAGCAGCUCACAGAAACACCAUUUACCUUCCUGCCAGAGUGGUACCUAUUUAUCUACUUGCACUUUGACGUGCUUUCGAACUGCUAGGUUGGCAGGAGCAGGGACCGAGCAACGGGAGCUCACCCCGUCGUGGGGAUUCGAACCGCCAACCUUCUGAUCGGCAAGUCCUAGGCUCUGUGGUUUAACCCACAGCGCCACCCCACAAUAAAACAUACUGCCAAAAAUGAUCUCAAAGUAACCAAGCCCAGGCCCCCACAUCCAACCCAUGCAGCAAUCUCCUGCAGAUAAAAAUUCUGAUAUGCAGACUGCUGUGUACCACAGAGAGAUGGCAGAACUGGCACAUGCAGAGGAGUAUGUUUGCAGAUGUAUAAGCCACUUCACAACCAACAGCUACUGAAACGGUGUACAAUAAAGGUGCGCUUGCUACAGCUUUCAUCAGGAGUGUUGCUUGUUUUUCUCCUGGUCUUGCCUCUUUCUGUACCUGUGGGUACUAAAAGAGAGACUGCAAAGCGCUAUUGUUUUUAAGAGAGCAAGAAGAACAUACCUUUAAAGAAGAGUGGAAAACAUUUAUUGAAUAUAUGGGAAAUAAUUGUAUGCAGCUGAAAAUGCUGGCAGCACUAAGAUAAAUUCAACAGAGUAAACUUUUUUUGAUGAAUGUAAAAAUGGAAAACUGAUUUGAAUGUUUAUAGUAAAAUAUGCAGGGAUGUAUGAUAUGUAAAACAAACCAUGGAAGGAGAAGAACGGAAGUCAUUGGAUAUUUUAAAGUUUGUAAAAUGUUUAUUUGGAAAUGGAAAAUGGAAAAUUUAAUUUAAAAAUUCAUUUUUAAAAAAGAGAGAAAGUACUAUUGUUUUAUUUAAGGGCUACUUAGCAGGUCCUGCCAAAUGCACACAGAUUUAUUGCAUGACAGGGUUUGCCUUAAAUGGGUGGACCAAGCCCAGAUGCCUCCUCAUUUCCAUUGCAGCCUGUUUCUCAAAAAGACUUGGAUCUGAUGCUUGAAAGAGAUGCAGAAUCGUUUUUCACACUGUGAGAUGAGAAGAAAUGCCAGUCGAUGUUGAGGGCGAAGAGAGGAGGUACAGGGAAAUUUCCUUUGGCCAGGUUAAGGAUUUGAGCUAUAGGGUAUCCAUUAUCAAUUGCGUGCUUUCCCCUCAAACCGAUUUAAAUGGGCUGCCUUAUGGGUUGAUACCUAAUGUAGCUGUCUGCAUUUCUUCACUCACAAAUAUUGUGACUGACAGCAAACAACCCCAGCUGCAGGGCGGAGGUCAAGGGUUAAAUGAGGUAGAGACUGAGCUGCUCUCCCCUGCCCCAACCAAGAAAAUAUUCCAGAACAGAACCGAAGCUGAAGAAAGCUCUCACAUUGCUGCUUCAAAUACAUUGACUAAUCCACAGCUUUUGUUUUCAGUCACAUUCUCUUGGAAGCAUGUUUGGGGAGGGGGGUGUUUGCAUGAGUAAAACAAGUUCUUAGUAUCACAUGUGUGGUUCUAGACUUGAAUUCAGACCUGUUGGUAAUAAGAGGCUUCAUAGGUAAGGAGAACCUUGUCUGCCCUCUUUUUAAUACCUGAUUCAGUUAAUGUGGUUAAGGUUGCUUUUAAGACACGGCAGAAACCGUUCAGGUUGGGCUAGGUACAGGUCUGUAAAUGCUUACCUUUCAAUAAACAGAUCACUGACCUGGGGAGCUGGCCUAAAAGGUCACAAUUGACAAAUGUAGAGUUACAUGUCUGGUACCUUAAAAAAAAAAAUCAAGCAGUUUCAGGUACCUUAAAACUGUUAGGCCUAGGUAGCCUCUGUUUAGUCUUCUCAGACGGCUUUACUGAUGGCUUAGAGUUACUACUAUUACCUAGAAGUAUUAUGUAGCUCAAUAAAAAGAUGCAUGUAGUGAAUUUACUAAACAACUUGUUUCAUUAAGUGGCUUAUUGCCUGGCAAAAUACUGCUGUUGCUUGUUUCAGACUAGACAAGAGGUAAUGAAACUGAAGACUCCAGUAAAUUAUCAAAAUAACAAGCAGGCAUCUUUCAGUGACUCUUUUUUAAAUAGAGGGACAGUUAAUCAAUCUGCUACUAGAAGCCUUUAAUCCUGUAAAUAUAUCUGGGAUAGUUUUUGCCAAACAGACCAAUUAUUUACUUAUUAAUGCUGCUCAGAAAUGUAAGACAGCUGAAGCCAUUAUUUGUGGGUUGAUUAAAUGUGACUUGGUACCAUAGGAUUACAACUAGCGUUGCCAGGUACUGUAGACCCAAACCUUGACUGGAUUUUCUGCCUUUUACAUUUCAUAGUAACAAAGAUGGCAUGAAAUUUAAACUGCACAGAUUAACCCUGAGCAUGUGAAAGUUUAAUUACAGUGCUUCAGUAAAUUGAAUCAAUCCUUGUACCUUUUGGGAAAGUAGCACAAUAAUGAACUCCACUUUACAGGUGGAUAGAGGUGAAGUGAUAUGACAAAGGUUUUGUCACAUGCUGCAGAACCAGAAAUGAAAUUUUCUGUAUUUCUACCAGUACCCAUGAUAGGCUUUGCAUUGCGCAAGUAUUCUCUUCUGCUUUAUUAAUGGAUGCUGUAUUCGUUGUUGGAUGGCAUGAAAAGCCUUCCUUUAAAAAACUUCCUUAUUGACUGCCAAUUUUUUCUUUUAACCGUUAUGUUGUAGGUUGGGGCACAUUUCCCAAACAGUAAUAUUGUUGUUAUAAAGGCUAUAUUUUUGUCUUUACCCUCUGUAGCCUGGGACCACAGAUGUAAAAUUGGGCCAUGGAUUUAACCCUGCUGUACACUUUUUGGUGGUUAGUUGUCAGGUGGGCUAUCCUACUUUGUCUAAAGUAAUUGUUACUGUCCAUAAGCGCUCUGGCCAUGCUCCUGUACACUGCAGUUCCUUUUUGAAAAGCAAGUGUAGAAACCAUGUCACUGCAGUGUAUAACUCUGUUUGCCUGGUCCUAUUUGUUACUUUCAGUCAUAUAAUCCAAAUGCUGAAUAUAUUUUUUUUAACUCAAGCUAACCCAGAAGAGUAAACACAGUUCAGAUAACUGUCGGGUUUCUUCCUGCUUUCCUGCGUAUCACUGACUCUAAUCAUUGCACCUAGGCUAAGUUUAUUGAAGGCACCAGGGAGGUUCCACAUGUGUAGCCAAGAGCAGAAUGUGGCUUGAACAACCUUUCUUCCUGGAGGUGAUACAUGAGGAGGCACACGAAUUGGAUCUGAUCUCAGGUUGAGCAAAGCAGCUGGUUAGGAGAUAAAACUCUCCCCGCCCCCCAAACCGUAAGCUGAGCACAUUUUCUUAAAGAAAGCACUGGCAUUCCAACACAAGCUCUUCCGUGCUAUAGUUUUAAAAAGUCUGUUUUCACAGUAUGACUGUAUAAUUCUUGCUUGGUCCCUGAGAACUUAUAAAAUAUGGUUAGGCUGACAUAUGAAAAGGAUGAUAUUUAAAUACCGAUCAUUUUCACAGAUGGGGCUUAAAGCUUUAUGCAUCGGAUUAGACCUCUUUUUUGACCUUUUGGUGGCUUUUGAUACCAUUGACCAUGGUUUCCUUCUGGUGUGGCUCAGGGAGGUGGGGGUUGGGGACACUGUAUUGCAGUGGGUCUGCUCCUGCCCCCAGAGUAAUUUCCAGAAAGUAGUUAUGGGAGGGGGCACUGUUCAAUGCAAAGGGCGCUUUCCUAUGGUGUCAUGCAGAGUUCCAUCUUGUACCCCAUGCUAUUGACAUCUAUAUGUUGAGAGCUGCCAUCAGGAGUCUUUGAGUGCAGGGUCACCAAUAUGUGGAUGACACCCAUCUCAAUCAGAAGAGGUGGUUGAGGUGCUAGACAGGUGUUUGGAGGCAGAGAUAGGCUUGAUGCCAGCCAACAAAUUGAAACAGAAUCCUGGAAAGACUGAAGUUUUAUAUGUUAAGGUCCAGGAGGUGGGAAGACAGCCUGUUCUGAAUGUAGCUUGGGGGUACUCCUGGAUCUAACAUUGUUACUUGAGGCACCUCUUAUUCCAGAUUGGAAUAAUAAUAAUAAUAAUAAUAAUAAUAAUAAUAAUAGUGAUGAUCAUGUAGGGCCCCAAACUGCUUCAGGCAAAAAUGUCUAAGUUGAUUCUGCUCAUAGCAUGUAUAAAAAUAUUGCUCUCUCAUGGACUGGUACACAUUAUAGUUAGAUUAGGAAGUUACUUUCUGCUCAUAUUUUUAUAAAUUAUACAAUGGAUGAAGGAAAUUUGGUUUUUUUUUACCUGCUUCUCAGCAUAAUUAAGGAUACAAGUUCGUGGUAAUCCUGUGGAUACCCACCUCUUAUUUGUUACAUUUUCAGUUCUUUCUGCAGCAGUAUUGUUCUUUGCAGGGCUAACACAGCCACAAGGCCAUCUUACUGCUUUCUUGUUACGCUGCUGAGAGGCUUGAAGAAAAGCUCUUUUUAUUUUGCCUGCUGGCUUAAUAUAUUGUAUUGUGCUUAGGUUGUAAGAUCUUUGCAGUCCCAUUUUGUUUGUCUGUAUAACACCUAGCACAACACUGCACUUUAAUUAUUCGGUCUAUGUAUUAGCACCCUUCACUAAAAAAGGGUGGUGUCCAAUUUAAAAACAAAUGCAAUUAAACAAUGAAAAAAAAUCACUGAGACCUCAUCAAAACCCAGGAAAGCUAUAAAAAAUAUGCUUGAAGUCCCCUCCAAAUAAAAUCGUCUUUAGCAGCAAAAAUACAUAAACGUUGCUCCAGGCAACGUUUCUGGUGCCAUGGCCAAGAUGACACACCCACUUAAGUAACCACUCACCUAAAUUUCGGGUGGUUGUGUGUGGAGAUUGGGGGGUCUUACCUGAAGAAAAAAAUUGAGUUAAGCCAAGUCAUCUGAAAGCAAUUGAAACUAAUUAUGGCUGCCAGAAUCUGUAUCCCAGGAACUCUCUAAAACAGUGAUGGCCAAACUUGGCCCUCCAGCUGUUUUGGGACUACAAUUCCCAUCAUCCCUGACCACUGGUCCUGUUAGCUAGGGAUGAUGGGAGUUGUAGUCCCAAAACUGUUGGAGGCUGAGUAUGGCCAUCACAUCUCUAAAAGAAGGUGCCUCUAUAAACAACCAUGGAUAGGAAGUCUCUGCCAAGACUUGGAGCGUCCAGUCAGUGUAGGGUCCCAGCAAGCUCUGCAGAAAACAAAGGAGAGCAAAUGGACCACAGCAACAAAAUGCCAGAAGGAAAGGGCCAGAGACUUGUAAACUUGGUGUAUCAUUUUCUCCUUCCACAAACGUGUUUAGUUGUGCCUUUUGAUAGUAGUGGGAUCUUCUGAUAGUAGAAUUGCUAGCAAAAUAUGAGCCAGCGGUGCAGCAGGCUAAUAUUAGUGUGAUUUUUCUACACACUAUUAAUUGAGGGGGGAAAACUAUAUUAUGAAAAUUUCAGGGUGAGGUGGGAGGGAGGCAGCUCGCUAUCUGGCCUCUGACGAGUCACUAUUCCUAACAUACCUUACAAAGUUGUUACAAGGAUUAAAUUAAACAUGCCAUUGUAAAGCAACCCGAACUCUAGAAAUGAUAGAUAAGCUGCAGGUGAACAAUUUCUAGAGAACUGAGCUUUCAGUUUUCAUAUGAUCCAUCCAAAUCCUCCCUUCUAUUCAAGUGAGGCAGGGACAGAGCUUAUAUUCAGUCGGUGGUUCUGUAUGUCAGAGCUCCUCCUCUUCUUCCUUGGAUUAAAACAGAACUAUUAGCUUGCAGCUGAAAUGCAGGGCACCGAAAUCCUCCCAUUUCAUAAUAGUUUAAAGGCUAGAUGGGCCUUGUUUAAUUCCCUCCCCUGCCCUCCCCCAAGCCUGGCUGGUUUCCAGAGAGUAGGGCUUCUGUGUAAGCACAGGCAAAUUGUUUUCAUAGCUAAUCUGGAGUUGGAGAGUGAACUGCUGUUUGUCUUCCACGGAGCAGGCCCCAGUCUGCCUAUGUGUAAAUCACACCAGGAGUGAGGUGCAAGAUAAAAGAACAGAAUAACCAUUCCUGUGGAGAUUACAUCACUGCCUUCUGGUGGAAUGACACACUCCAGAUACUCUACCAAAACAUUGUCAGGACUGGGUGAGGAUGGUUGUGUUGUACCUCCGGAAGUUUUUAAGAGAAUGUUUAGCAGUGAGGGCACCUCCGUCUCUGCACCGCGCACCCCCCCCCCCGGCCUUUUAAGCAGCCAACAUUUAAUUCAAACCAGAGAGCCAUAGAAAUUCCUGUUUUGUGGAGGUUAUUACAAAUGGCAGGCUGGGGGAAGUAUAAUUUGUGUUUCACUUGUAUGGCUCUUGACUAAUUAUUUCUGAGGCCUGCGGAAGAAUCAAGUGGUAGAGUCCUAAGCUGGUACGAGUGGACUGUACCACUUCAGACUGCAGGUGUCGAAAGCUGCUCUGAGUGCAUAUUAGAAAAACAAACAAACAGACAAAUCCCAGCAAGUCGACAAAGGCAGGGCUGGACUAAAACCCUUUUGUAUGAUGUGUUAGGUUUUUUUCUUUUUGCUUGUAGGAAAGUGUGUUUUUAAUGCAGUGGAGUGUUCAAAAGUUGUAUUGCCCCACCUGCAGCCUGAAGUGGUACUGUCCAUAGCACCGCCUCAAAGUAACACCUUGUUUUGCCACGUGUGUAAACUACGCCUGAGUGUAAGCAGUAUGCGGUUUGAGAAAUCCAAUGGUGGUCCAAGUAGGAGUUGUUUGAACUGGAGUCUAGCGUCAGUGUUGCAGCCUCACAUGGAAACCUCUGAAAAGUCCCCCCCCCCUUGCAGGAGCACCCUGUGCAAUAAAUUUAAUGUUGAAAACCUUGCUGUGUUUCUUCCAUUCUAAUUACAUGCAGUGUCUUAAGCCACUGCUGUCAUAGACCUGCAGUGCUGACAUGCAAGUGCCCUGUUUUGUGCUUUGACUCUCUGAUCUUACUUUAUUUAAAUGGAUUUUACUGUUGUUUUGAAAUUUACUCAUAACCCCACCUGUCUAUAGCUGGUGUGUAGUAGUUUAGGAGGCUGAACUAUAAACUGGGGAAUUCCCCAUUUUAAAUCUUGCUUCAUUAAAGGCCUUUAGGCAAGUGACUUCCUCUCAGCCCCUUCUCCAUGCCCGCCCCCCUCCAAAAUCUGCAGUGUGGGGAUUAUAAUACUGACCAACCUUACAGGCUUGUUACAAAGAUUAAUGAAAAGCACUUUCAAUGCUCUUUAAAACAGUCGUCUUCAACCUUUUCAUACCCAGCACCCACCUUUAACCCAAACAUGCAUUUGGGGACCCAUUUCGUCGUCUUUUACCAGAUAUUUGCAUGGCAGCAGUACUCCUGUUGUGACCCACCUCAGAUCAGUCCAUGACCCCACUUGUGGGUCCCGACCCACCAGUUGAAGACCAAUGCUCUAAAAUGUUAUGCAAAUUGCUGUUGCUUUUAGUCUUUAAUGAACAAAAAUAAAUAAAAAGAGGCUGCAACCCUUGGGGUAGGAUGAAUUGUCCAUUUGUGUAAAGCUGUAUAUGAAUAUCCUAAAUUAAAAGGCUGGAUGGGACCUCAGCUCUCAUCUAGUCCAACCUCUUGCCAAUGCAGGAAACCUACUACUACAAAAUCCCUGGCUGGUGGCAACACUCAACCUCUGCUUGAAAACCUUUAACUUUCCAAGACGGUUUCUUCCACUGUUGUACAACUCAUGCCAUCACAAAGUUCUUCCUAAUGUUCAGUCUAAAUUCCUUUUCUUGUAAUUUGAACCCUUUGGCUCUGGUCCUACCCUGCAGAGCAACAUAGAAUUAAUUUGGUCCAUCUAUCUGACAGCCCUUCAGAUAUCUGACGAUGACUGUUACAUCUCUUCUCCAAGUUAAACAUACCCACCCACUUUUCCUCAAAUGACAUGAUCUUCCUUGUCACCAUCUUUAUCACUUUCUUCUGUCUGCGGUCCAUUUUGUCCAUACCCAUCUUAAACUUUGCAGCCCAGAACUGGAAGUAUGACCAAAGCAGAAUAGAGUCCAAUGUCCAAUACUUUGGACAUUACUCUGGACAUUCUACUUCUGGUGACACAACCUAGAAUUAUAUUCUACUCUUUCUGCUCAGAUGAAAAACUUUAUAUUAAUCCCUGUUUAAGAAUCAUUUUGUUAAUUUUGGGCCAGUUUUUCAUCUUGCUGCGAUCAUCUUGGAUCCAGAUUCUGUUUCUGAAAGUAUUAGUUGCUAAAUUGGGUGUUGUCUGCAGAGCUUCAUGAGCAUCUCCUCCACUUCUUUGUCCAAGUUGAUUAUAAAUACCUUCACUAGAUCAAAAUCAGCACAAGAUUCCUACUAUAACUAUCUUAUAGGUUGAGGGCACACACAAAAAAGCUGUGUAAUGGGUUCAUAGUCUGGACUCUGCAUCUAAUUACAAAGGCUUCAGAUUUACUAGUGUCAGAAUGCAGACGGAGUUGUGUUUUGUGUUUCUCAGCCAGAGAAUGCCCAGGUUGCCCUGACUGGGUCUUGAAUUAAGAGGAGCCCUGCUCUUAAUAAAUGAGGCUCUUUAGCCUGCUGCAUGUAACCACUGUCUGCAGUCUUCAUGAUGAAUUGGUCAGCUGUGAAAGCACCACAGAAAUGGAAUCAUUUUUUUCUUUUCUUUUUUAGUAUGCAUGUCUGAAACCUGGUUUUGUGGUCCUUUCACAUCAAACCAUCUUAAGCUGUUGUGGAAUCCUUUUGACUUUGUUUCCAGCUUUGGAUCGUUUAACAGAAGAAAAUGAUCACUUGUUUGGAGGGCUGCGGGCUCUCGUGACAGCUCACGAUGCCUUUUGCAUGCAGCCGAAGGUUAGAGUUGGGUAGUUGAGUAGAUUCCAUCAUGUUGGAGUCAAACAGUGGCUAAUCUUUCCUCUCCCCUACUUAACUCCCUUUGCCCCCAUAACUUUUUUAAAAAUCUCUGUGUGGGAUUCCUACAGAUUAUUUAAGCAUCCAGUUCCUCGCUGUGUUGUUUUGUUCAAUUUCUUUUGCAUUCUGACCUACAUCAUUCUUUAUUUGCAAAGCUAUACUUGCAGGCAGCAGUAAUAAAUCAAUUAAUGACUCUGAUGAAUCAUUUAAUGGCUGACAAAAUAACACUAAAGCCAACAGCUUGGAUCUCUGUAGCAGUACCAGAAGAUGCUGGUUGACUCAGGGCUGGGAGACGAAACAGCGACUGUUAGCUCAAUUAGCACAAUUAGUGUGCGAUUUAAAGGCUUAGACGGCAUCUGCUGGAGUGUACCGAGCCGGUGUGUUGACUGCAUGUCUGAGUUUGGAAGCAGAACUCAUCCAUCCAGAUUUUCAUCAUUUUCUGUGCUGGUUCAUUUUUAAAAUAUAAUUAAUGAAUGUCAGAAACUGCCCCAUAAUUUACUUUGCAUUUACAGCUAAGUAGAAAUUCUGAACCUUGUCUCCCAUCCUGCAGAAAUCUGUCAGACCUCCCACAAAUGCAGAUGUUAAGUUCUGCCCCAAAGUAAUGAUGUUUCCCAGAAGUCUUGUAACUCCACCAGGUGCACCAAAUGGCUCAAGCAGUUGCAAUCGCUGCUGAACAUUUUUCAGGGCACAGUGUUUUAAAUAAUGAGAUCAUUUAUUGGGCACAGUUAACCCUCUUUACAUGAGCUUUGCCUCCCCCCGGCCCCAGUUUUUAAAAUCAUAUUCUGUUACAAAAACAUUCAUAUUAUAUCACAGUAAUAUGAAUUUUAGGGCCUGAUAUUUGGCAGACCAUGUGGCAUGGUAGUACUGAGCCUGUUUAGGCCUUUACUCUAGAGAUUUAGCAAAGAAGUAUCCUCAAGGGUCUUGCACUGUCUUCUUAUGAGCCAAAUAAUGCCUGGAUAUCCCGGUUACAGGCAUGUUGAAGAGCAUUCAGGGUGCAAAGAGAGAAGUCAUCAACACAAAUUCUCUCCACCCUGUGAAGUGCAGGAUGGCUUGGUGGUGCAAGUUCAUUGAGAGAAUUGGCAAACAACUUUCAAAGUAGCAAGUUCAGUAACAUCUUGUGCAAUCUCAUAACGAUCAAGCAGCUCAAAAGACUUGCUAAGCUUAUUGCAACUGUUUACCUGCUGGUCCCUAUCACAACCUGUGAUUUGCAUACAGUAAUACUAUAGCCAGACCUACUCCCAGUUAAGGAAUUAUUUUAUAUAAGGAGAGAAAAAUGUGUGGAAAGGAUACAAGUUGGCUGCUACUUUACUACCGUUAUAAAAUAUAACACGUAUAUGGUAUAACUCUUCCAACCCAUUAUUGUGACACUCUGUUCUUGGCAUCACUUCUCUUACAUGUGACCCAACUCCCUCCCUCCCAAGCUUUAAACAAGGACUCAGCUAGAUUGGCAAAGAAAAAGCAAUUUACACAUGUUGUACAUGCAAUAUAACAUUGUGCCACCAGGUGCUGCUGUGGAGUCCCGUUUUUCUCUACCUGUUUUCCCUGCUUAAAUUUGCAACACAUUUAACUGAAACGUUUCUUUUAUGUGUCUAGAGCCAGCUCAAAACUUCUCUACUGGCUUGACCUUUUUUUCAUCCCGUUGCUCUCAUCCCUCCGCCUUUGUUCACUACAUUCUGCAUAAUUUAUUUAAUAAAAUACAUUGUUCUUUCACUUUUCUGACCUCAGAUCACUUAGCUAGUUAACUUUUUGUUACCUGUUUCUAGGAUUUUCUCUGCCUUAGCCAUUCAUCACCAUUCUCCACCUUUGCAGCCUCUAGUAUGAAGGGAGUCAGACAAAAGUCAAGAAUUGCCUAAUCAGGUUUCUUUUUUUAUUAUUUAUUCUGGCCCUAUUUUUAGGAAGGCUUUUCAACCCUGUCCCUUCUGUACAGCAUCCUGGUUGCUGUGUGAACCUUAUGAAGGGAAAUUGUCCACUCAUAUGAUGAUAAGGUGACCAGUGGAAUGGAGCAUAACUUCCUUCCCCCUAGUUAUCUUAUGACAUUAGUGAUAAAGACGUGUUUCUUUCAGAAACAUGCCACAAUCCCAAAUCUUAGUGCAGCACCUUGUACAUAGGAAUCAUCCUCCCAGGAUCUAUUGCUGGUGUGUUUUAAUUCACCUUCAAAGUGACUCUCACUGGCAUUGGUUGCCUGCAGCAUGCCUGGCUUCUCUCUCCUUAUCCAGAAAAGCACUCAGGGUGGGUAGGAUCCAGUUUGUCUGCUUCGAUGCAGCCACCGCCGCCAAUUAACACUGUCCUGUGCACCCAGUUGCUGGUGAGUUUUAUGCAGGAGAGGAGCCUAAUCCAGGGUAAAUGGAUGAUUCCUUCAAGUAACAAGGAACGGGAAAGUUCAGUGAUCUUGUGAAGACCCAUCCUUGCCAUGUUAGAUGUGACACCACCUAAUGUGGUUGGUACCCAGUGAUACGAGUUUCUCCCUCACUUGUUUCCUUGGCCUUCCUGACACUUUCCAUCCAGAGCCUAUAGAUUUGGAGGUUUGCUCUUGCUCUUGUAGAUGAACUGCCAUUUGGAGGAUGGGGGUACGGGGGGGGGCAGAGGGAGGGAGGGAGAAUGCCACACUCCAGCCUUCUGAAUAAUGCAUCAUGUCUCUUAGAUGCGAUUCUUGCUUUUGCAUUCUGUUCAGGGCACUGGUGGGCCCUUUAAUUAUUAAGUCCCAACCAAGUGUCACAAUGCGUAUUGAAUUGACAUGUGUGUAUCUUGGAAAAAUAACUCCCACGAUUUGAUGGGAGGUAUGCCUGUGCUAGCAGAAGAGGUUUUCAUUGUACCCUGCAUUCCAACUGGCAGCUGUGCAGGGCAUUCCAGGCCAGCCAGGAAAUGUAACAGAUGCCUUGCUGCGUCUGCAAUAUGUCCAAGCCGAGAGGUUGUGCACACCACACAAAGGGACCAUGAUACCUGGCGGUUCGUUUUCCAUGGCUUGGCUGCAUAUCCGGGGUGCUUUUCAUACCAUUGUAGAUGAAGAACAUUAACUGUAGAUCUAUACAUUUGAUUUCUUCUUCUUCUUCUUCUUCUGCCCAGCAGUACGUUGAAUACUAUAUUCUUUGCUAGUUUACACUGGCAAACUUUGCAUUAUACAUAGCAGUGCUAAAUACAGUGUGCAGGAUUCUGUCCCCCACCCCCGAUGUUUAGAUGGUUUGUAGAACUCUAGAGUCUCUGAACUGCAUUAUUCUAAGCUGUUUUGGGGAUCUAUUUAACUCUGGGAGGCUCACCAGCAAGGGAUUAUAGUAUGCUGGAAAUCUCCUGAAACAAUAAAAUAUUGGCUGGCAGCUUUAUUGCGAUGCCUGCUGUCUUUGGAAGAGCAGCACUUUGUGUGAUAGAGAGCUUUUAUUAAAAAAAUGUAAUUGAGUAUACUGCAGUUUGGAGCUGGAUCCUGGACAUACUUUCAUUAAGACCAUUCAUUCACUUUACAGAGAAGUUACACUAUGUUUAGUGGCCUUAGAAUAAAAUUUCUGCUUGCUCUUUUAAGAUGGCCUACAAAGGAAUGAGAAAUUAUGCUUGUUUCCCUGUCUUUCCAACUUUAUGAUGUAAAAAGAAUGCCUGCUUUAUUAUUUUACUGUCCCCCUAUUGGUUUACAACCUUCUUUCCCUACCCUUCCCUUUUCUUAAAACACAUACAAAUGUACACACUUGGGAUGAUAAUUUUUCUUGGCCAUUAAUUUAGUCUAGGAGUUUUUACAUGCAUCCCUACUCCUCCAGAAGAUCACUUCUGCCAGGUGUUUCUGAAAUCACCAUUGAUUUUUAAAAUCCUUUCCCUUCUUGAUCAGUAUUCCUGUACUUUGUGCUUCUGAUAUUCCACUAGAUUAUUCACUAUCCAUUAGCAUUCCAAAACCAGUAAUACUUGAAUUUAUAAUAAAGCUUUAAAAAACAUAUUUUCCCCUCUGCUCCAUCUCCCACCCCCAGCUGAAAGAACCUCCUCUAUACCUGGUAAGGAAGAAGGAAAAAGGUGUACAGGAAAUAUAUAGAAAGUCUUGCAGAUUUCCUUUAAAUCAAGCUUACAGUUAAUGGUUCAAAAGUGUCUUGUGUACAACUUGUCCGCAGAUUUCAGCAGUCCUUUGGGAGGAAAAAUACUUUUGGGGACAGCAGGGAUGGUUGUAUUGGAUUAGUAUAGAAAGUGUCUAUGGACUCAGCUACACAGCUGCAAAUAAAACGUUUUAAGUGUGUUGUAAAGUGCAGUAUACAAAUGUCGCACUAGAUGGCGACAGUGAGCUAUGACAAAUUCAAUGUGUUUUUCAAAACUUUUUUUAAAAAGCAUUUUCACAACAUUUUGUAUGUGUGUGUAGAUUCCGCCUAUCUUAGUAUGGUGAUUAGAAUUUUACUAUUUGUAAUACAAGGGCACCUAUUCGGAUCCCAUUGUGCCACAAUAAAGACAUUCCUUCUUUUCCUAGUAGCUUUUGGUGUGGAACUGAAAAUGGAAAGGACAAACUUUUCUGACACUUUGCUGCUACUCCAUCCUGGCAGGAUGAGGCAAAGGAGCUACAAAUGACCCUAUUAAAAGGGUUUUUUUGUUUAAGAUUUUAAAUAAUGGAUUUUUAAAACAAAUUUAAAAACACAAGAAAAAAUUAAUAACCACACAAUUGGAGAGAUGAACCUGGACUUGCAAAAAAAAGGAUUCAAUAUUUCAAAUAGUGCAUAAUUAUUUGGUAAAUAUUAGUCAAGCUAAAUUCAGGAGUGACCUCCAUGCAUUUGUUAUACAUGGAUACCAGGGGUCAAUACUACUGAUUUAAACCAUUCUUAGAAAAUCUUACUUGGUGUGCCAGUUUGCCCAAGAUGAGAUGUUCCCAUAUCUUUCUGUACCAAAAAUUAACAUUGAGUAGUUUUUGACUUUUGCAGUGCAUAGCUAUUUCUACUUUGGCAACUGUCGAAAGGUGAUGAGUAGUUGAUUGCGUACUGCUUCUGCUUGGUGCCCUGGGAGGAUAUCCUAUAAUGUUUCUCCAGGGUCCUAUGAUUGUCUGGCGAAGGUGUCUGCACCAUCAAACACGUUUUAUCCAAAAAUCUAAACAGCCAAACACGACCACCAUGUAUUUGUGGUUCAUCACAGCUCUGCCAGCAUUAGUUAGAUAUUAAACUGAAAUGUUUUCACUACCUGGACAGGAAUUUCAGUAUACAAGCACAUAAAUGGUAAAUGUGUGCACUUUAAUGAAUGUCAAAUGUUAUUUUUAUUGACAAAAAUACUGCACCUGUUGGACCUGGAAUAACUGAUACCAAUACACCUUGAAUCCCAGAAUUUUGGUCAUAAGUUGUUGAAGAGAAAGAAAAUGGCUAUGCUUAAUUAUGUCUAUAAAGCAGAAUAUGUCUCUUUCUAAGGAAUAAAGACCUUCUGUCAAUUACUUAGGGUGGUCAACAAAUGCUGUAAGGAGAGGCUUUCUUUCAGACAAAUGUCACCAGUGUAUAAGAAUUACUGAUCUGGUACACAUGUGUAAGGACCAUAGUAAAAAAUGGAAUCCCAUACAUUUUAAUGCUUUUUGCAUUCAGCCUUUCCAUUUCUUCUACCCAGUGGAAGUCUGAACCAUGUGAUAUAUUGGAACUUUGGAUCUCCUCCUGAGCUAAAUUAUUUUUCCUCUUGGGUGUAUGUAAAAAUCUCCCCCCACCCCUAGUACAGAGACAGACAGACAGACACAGACAGAUACAGGUAUGGCCGAUUAAUUUCUGCCUGAAAGUCAGUAAUGGUGAAUUUUGAGGGAAGGAUUCUUUAUCCUCCUUUAGAGCAAAAAACUGGCAAACACCCAAGUUUGCACAAACAUGGUUUAGCAUAUGAAGCUGAGCUGCAGCUGCCUGAGGAGGACGAGGAGUGCAUAAGCCUGUGGCGCACUGUUGCUUUUCCUCAUAAUGCUAAACCAUUGUUUAAUGCUUUGUGCAAGCACAAGAGUCAUGAGCUAGUUAAGGGUGCACAAAUCUGUGGUGUUUUUAACUCCAUAGAUGGAAAGCCGAAGCGGACUGGCCGCUUAGAAAUGGUUCUUAUUUCCAUAGUUAGCUGCUGUUGAUUAUGUAAAAACGACAUUCUGUGCCUUCAACUACACUAGCUUUCGUUUCAUGCCUUUUCCUUUAUGCCUCAAAUAUCGUCUUGCUACUUGGCAUCCUUUUCACUUUCAAAAAUAGAAAGUGAAAGAGUCAAUGCUAACAGUUGUGCUGACCAUAUACACAAUACGGGUGAUGGGUGAUGAUUCAUCUUUGGUAUAGACUUCACUUUGUUUGGUAAAAGUGGGGGGGGGGGACAAGCAAAACCAAACUUUUGCCGUUAUUUUUGCUUUAACUAGGAGGCUGCUAGGUUUGUUCUGUACAAAAUUACUUGGUUCGGUUAGUAGAAUUCCAGAUAUGAUUAAGAAAUUAUAUUGGGGUCUAUUAAUGGGCAACCCUUUCCCCCCAAAUCCCAUAUAAACCUCAUAAAAUGGUGCCAAAGAUCAAAUGAGGACAAUCUGGGGAAUUAAAGUAAAGGUCAGAAUUUGUGGCAGGAGAAGGAAACUUGAGUGCCAGAGUGUGGUGAAGUGGCUAGAAUGUUGGCUUUGGAUGUGGGAAACUCGGAUUCAUAUUCCCUGCUCAGCUAUGAAGCUUUCUGGGUGGCCUUGGGCAUACCUCAGAACCUACCUUGUAGGGUGAUUUUGAAGCAAAAAGCCUUCUCUGUGCUGCUUUGGGAGGAAGGAAGAGGUAUGAAGUUAACAAUUAGAUGGCACCCAUAGCUUGACACUGGAGAGGCCACCAUAAAGUACUGGUCCCACAUAAUGUGGGAUAUAGUUUUACUGGAAAAAUGGACUUGCAAACUAAGUGUUUUGAAAGGCCAGAAUAAGCUAGAUAAAUUUAUUUCUGUUUGGUAUGAUUUUGUAGUUAAUACAAAUAUUAAAUAACAUGGGCAGUGCCCAUUGCCAGCGUACAAAUGGAUCUGGUUGAUUUAAACCUUAUUUAUUCUCUCCCCCCCCCAUAUUUUUUUUAUCAUUGUGAAUGUUUUAUUAACAGUUUGAUUUUAUAUAUUGAUCACCUGCCAAUAUACAUAUCUGGAAAACAAUUUAUGUUAUUUUGAUUUGUAUUUAUUCUAAAUCUGGUUUCUUUAUUUUUAAAAUUGUGCUUCUGAAUAGGAAUACUUGCUGUUUGCAUUGUUAUACUGUACAAUGAAAGCAUAUCUUAAAACUCCAAUAAAAAUAAUUAAUAAAAACCCAAGACAUAACACUUUUUUUUUUUUUGCUCUGCUUUAAAUAUUCACUGCAAAAUCUCAUGUUUUAUGAAGCAGAAAUGAACAUUUCCAGCUUUUGAUACAUUUAGUUGCGAUUGUGGUGGUUAGUAUAUUUUUCCAGAGCAGGAAAUGUCUGCAGGGGCUUUUACACAUAUUUGCUUGAACAUGAGCACAUGAGAACAUCAGCACAGGAGAGGCUAGGAGCUGAGUGGACAGGACAGCCCGCACUGGGACAGUGCGGAUGGGACUUUCAUAUGUGCCCCAGUCCACAGAUACACAUUCACAUGUUCAAGCAGACGUCUAGACACUUCUCAUGAUGUUGGCAACUGGCAUUUAUAUUUAUGAAGUUUUUUAAUUAUAACAAGAACGAGUGGGGUGGCUGAUAACUCAUUAUUUAUUGGAUGAAUAACCAUGUUUUACACUGAAGAAGACCCCAGAUGUUGUAACAGAGGUAUCAGAUUGUGCUUGUGCACACCCUCCGCUCAAAACAUAGGAGUUUGCCACCUCCAUUGACUGUGGGUAUGCUUUGGGAAUUUCAGUAUGGUGGCUUAGCUUUGAAACCUGCUGCAGUUACUGGGAACCAGACUCCCAGUUGCACAUUAAUCUGAACGGCAGCCAUUGGCAUUCUAUUAGUCUUAAUGGCACAUUCUUACAAUGCGAAGUGUUUGAUUUCCUUUGGGUAGGCUUGAUGAUGAUGGUAUUGGUUAUUGGUUAUGUGCUAAUUGAUGGAGCCGUGAGAUGUGUGUUGACUUCCUUUUCAGCUGACCUGAAAUCAGUGCUGUUUAUCUAUACGUAUAUUUUUUUUGUUUUGUACAGAGUGCAGCCGCAGCACCAAGUCCAGUACUUGGAAACAUUCCUCCAAAUGAUGGAAUGCCAGGGGGACCCAUUCCUCCAGGUUUCUUUCAGGUAAGAAUUGGCUCUCCUGACUUUUGUUGCUGUUUGCUGCAUGCAUGAGCAUGAAUGGAUUCUUAAGUAGUUUACAGAUGCAUCAUAGUCUCAGAGACACUUUUUAAACAAAACUGCCAGAAGUACCCAAUUAGCUGUAAUAUUCUGCUUGGUUUCCCUUAACCUUUGUUUUUGCAGUGUGUAUGUGUUAGCUUUUUCUGGUCUGGAAAGCAAGAUUCAUUUUGUGUUUUGUUUUUUUACAAUUCAGUAUUUUCCAAAUCUGCUUUUUAAAAAAUUAUUUAUUUGUUGGUCAUGGUCAUGACAGGCUUGUGUGUAAUUCAGAACAUUCAGGAUUUGGAUUCUUCUUCUUUUCCUUCUGGUUAACCACUUGAUUUUUUCCAACUGCCAUCACUGAAAUCUUUUAACAAAACCAGCUUAAGCUCUCGCCACAGGCAGAAACCCAUCCAGCCUGUCAUGGCAAUGAGAGAGAAACUCAGUAUCUCAAUAUCUGCCUAUUGGAGUUGAGUUCAUUUCCCCUUGAAAUUUCCCUUCUUUUAGCAAAGUUUCCCUUUAGCCUUAUGUGAUUUCCAAGUAAUAGUUUUGUGAGCAACACCUAAGGUGAAGGACAUUUAUGGUUGAAACAAGAGAACGGGGUUUAACAGUGAUUUUCAAGCAAUCAGGAUUUUUAACAGGUUUUAAUUCUUCAAAAUGCCUCCUCUCUGUGUUAUGUUAUGGCUGGGCUAAUUGUGCUUCUUUCAAGGGCCAUGUCGGAUAUAUUGGGAGCUGCAGGAUGCAGUUAAUAUAAGCCACACAUUGAUGGUGGUGGUGGUUUUCUGUUGUUUUGUUGUUACACAUAGGCACAGGAUUUCCAGCACUUACAUUAUCUAAGUUUGCAACUGCUAAUCCCCAAUAUUUAUAAACUUCUGGCAACUCAUUAAAAAUAUUUUUAAAGCAAUAGAAUUCAUAAGAUCUAAUAAGUAGCAAGUUUAGUUUGUUGCCGUUUUAUUUCUUGUAACCUGGCAUAUUGUGACUAGUAUGUAUUCAUUUUAAUCUCUGUAACCAUGAAGGAUAGCACCUUCUUAAAUUCAUGAACACUAGGAUACCUCUUCCUAAUGAGUGGCAAUGGUCAAUUAAAAAGGGACAUGUGAAUAUUAAGCCAUAGGUUUAAUUGAUUACCAGUGUCAUUGGUAGUGAUGUUCAUUUUAGUAUUUCAGAGCUACAUAUCAGCAAGAAUAUUUUCUAAAAAGUUAUGAAUAUUGGUUGUAGUCUGGAAGGAUGUUUUACCUUAUUUGAGUUAGUGACUGUGUGCAAGAAAAAAAGUAUUGAGCGAUGAAUACUUUUAUCAAAGUUAUAUGGUCUGGAUUACGAUGCUAAAACUACUAAUUCUGUGGAUGGGGCUUGUUAGCCUGCUGUAUUAAUUUUUUUAAAAAAUGAAUAAUAUAUUUGUAGGACAUGUGCGUACUUGGAAAAAGAGAAUCUCUUGGUUCUGAGAUACUAAAAGAGGCUUAAGCGAGUUUUUUAUAUUGGUGGAAAUAAGUGAAAGAAGAUGUGAGAUGGGAACAUCUGCCAGCAAUUCAAGUUUUGUAUGCCUUGGGUACAACAUGCGUAGAUUUUUAUUUCAGUCUGUUUGAUAGAAAGAAUCCUCUUUUAUCAAUGUUUUUCAGAGGAUUUUUGUUUGUUUUGGGGCAAGUAUUCCAAACUUAACAGUUCAACAAGCUGACACUGUGCUGAACCUUUAAGCAGUAAAUCAAUUAGAUGGCACAGUAUUGGCCAUUUUGAUUUGGGAUAUAUAUAAAUUCACUAAAGGUAUUUAUAAUCUGCCCCUCUGUCUGAAUGUGCUGGGGCAGAGACACAUAGUACAAAUAAAAAAAUCAGCAAUAAGAUUUAGAAGGUAUAAAACUAAAUUCAGGGUUCAACCAGACACACUUUUGAGCCUGCUUUCAUCUGCGCAGAGAUGAUGACAUGAUUUCAGCACCAUGGAAGUCCUCUGCAGACACACAGAAGCCCAUGGGCACCACAUUGGGAAUCCUGUAUUAAACUUUAGUUAAAGUAAACUAUAGUUUAAUGUAAAUGAGCAGUGUGCUGGUACAUGCUCCUGAGAUCAUGGGUGCUUAAUUCCUCCUCCUCCUCCUCCUCCGCUGCUGUGCUGCCCCAAAAUGUGACUCAUUGUGAACCCAGGCUUGUGAAUUGUUUCUCUCCAAACAAACAUACAGGAAGUGAUAAGCCAAGAGCAAACCUUGGUUUAACAUGACAUGCACACCGCGCCAAUGUGGUCCUUUCCAGGUUACGAAGGAUAUUGCUUGAACUUCUGUAUUUGUAACUAAGGCAGGACAAAAGAGCAACUGCUCAGCUGACAAUGCCUGCUCUUGUGUCUGGCCUGAGGUCAAGCGGGUCUGCAGACCAGUGACGGAGAAUACAGCUAUAACUAUCUAUGUUUCCCUUUGCAGUUUCGGGGGGGAAUCACAAAGAAAACCCAUUUUUUAAAUAAAAGAAGUCAGAAGCUGCACCCUUUGGCUUCAAAACAUUUGCAAAUCAAAAUGCCCAAGAGACAGAAAUAUAACAAACAAUUCAACUUUUUAUCACCUUUAGUUUAGUUUUCCAAAUUCACAAACGGAGGGUUUCAGUAUAUGGUGGAGCCUCCCCAGCCCUGUUAGCCUGUGUGUUGAUAGUGGAGGCUAUUUCUCUUCUUUCUCUUUGACCCCAGCUAGAAAAGGCAGGUGAACGGGCUGGUAGUGAAGGAGAAGGGAGUGUAACAGCCUCCAAGUACUGGCCACUUUCUUGGCCCCCCCCCCAUUUCCCCAGAAGAGCAGGGCGGGCUGCUAGAUGGCCAACUGCUCCGCUUCCUCCCUGCAAUAGCGGCCACUUCAGGGUUUUGUCAGCCAUCAGCCAUGGACUGCUUGCCAGCCCAUGGACCCUAGCAAAUGCCCCACAGUGCCAGCUGCUGAUACUGGGCCUUCCUUAUAAACCAGCCAGCACCUCCUCCAGAGAUAAGGCAGGCUUUGCAGCAGUUAAAGAUGGGCAUGUGUUGUCUUUUACAUUAUGGUGUAAGAUGCACUGAAGGGUCCAGACUCUUAUCUAGUUGCCUAACCCUGCUCUGGAGAGAGUGGCGAGGACUGGAAAAUGAGAUUCUAUAUGUGCUUUGAGUUUUCUAGCAAUGCUCAGUUACCUUAUGUGUUCUUUCAGGCUCUUUGUGUACGGCUAUUGCUGUACACUUGGUGGCCGUGUAUUUUCCUGCUGAUUUUUGAACUCUGUGUGUAGCAUUUUGAAAAAUCUCUCUGAUGAAAUGGAAAGUUGAACAUAAAUCAAUGUCUGUUGCUGUUUUAGCUAUGCAUCAGCAGUUAGUGAGGGAUGCACCAUAACAAAGCACUAUCAAGUUUGUGUUCCUACACUGCCCCCUAAUGCAUUGAGACCUUGGGAGCCAGCCGAUGAUGGUGUUCCUCAGCACUUUUGCAUUUUAUUGAGCUUUGACUCCCUGCAUUUUCCCAUGCUAACUAGCUACAUUUGUUUACUAGUUUAUAAUCCUGUUGGUAAAGCAGAAACGAAAUUAAUGUGGGGGGAAAGGUAAGAUUAAGAGCUGAAUUGCAUAAGCCUGAUCCCCUACAUGGAUACAGAUCACGCCCCUGCCGGAAAUGACAUUCAGGGAGGUACAUGCAGUUACACAUGAUGUGUGCACAGUUGUUAGUCACCCUGGGAACAUGCCAGAAAUUGGUGCUUCCUGCCGCAUGUAUACACACUGAAAUGGAACAAGUGUGUAUCAUACCUGAAUGAAAUUCACAUGAUUUCUUCUAUGGAAAUGAUAUUCAGCUUGGACAUUAAUUCUAAGUGUGUGUUCUUGCUUGUAAUUUUCAAGCGGCACGUCUUUAGAAAUCAAGUUUCACAUAGGUUGUUUUCUAAUGGUGACUGGCUUGAUCUAGUUUAAGGAACUGAUGUGCAGAGAAUAAUUUUGUUUGGGGGCUGUAAACACUGUAUGAUUAUUUCAAUUUUGUUUCUGCUACUUUAGCCUUUUGGGGUCUGAUGGACUCACCUCACCAUAGAAUGAAAUGCCAGUCCUUGCUAUUUAACACUUGAAAAUUUGUUGCAGUAUCUUAACAGGGGAGAAACAAGAAAACGCAGCUGAAAUUGAAAAUAUUGUUGAGCUAUACGCAUCCAGCCUCUCCUAUGUAAACACUUUUGGAAGUGCUGUUGACAGACACAUCUUCACCAUCUUCAUUUGGCAGGAUUUCCUUUCUUACCACAGUGGCUGUAGAUAAUUCCCUGCUUAACAAUUCUGACAGGAAGGAGGGAUGGCUGUUUCCCCAAACUUACAAUGGAGCACAAAAGCCUUCCAUUCUAGGCUUUGGGGUCUUUCAGACCAAGUGGUGGGGGGGACAUAAUCAUUUUUAUUUACCAAGAUGUCACACAUUCGCUCCAGUUUUUCAAAUCUCUCCUUGGGAGUUGCCACAAAGGGUGUUCCGCAACCUUGCAAAUAAAUUCCCAGGUGGUAUCCCAGAAUGUAGCAGGGUCACAAAAGGGGGGGGGGGACAGGACUGUUGUAACACUUUGGUUCACUUAUGCAUGGCUGCUUAGAAUACUGAAAAUGGUGGGGAGCAGGGACAGCCAUUUGGUAUUAUGAGGGGUAUUGCCAUUGCCUUCACUUGCCUUCACUAUGGAGAUUCUCCAUGCACUUGGGAGCGAACCUCAGAAGGUUGUGGCUGCCUGCAUGAAGUGUCGCCAUACAGAUGCAGUUUUUUAAUUGGCCCUGGCUUACUUGGAUUGCUGCCGACAACAAAUGUUGAAUUAGAGCCCAAUUGGAGACAUCUGCACAGCAUUGGGAGUUAGGAAAACCACCCCUCUGGCUUGAAAGCAGGUUGCUCUGUGAAGGCAGUGUGGCUUGAAAGAUGAGCCUUUUUGAUUAUUGGCUUUGGAAGCACUGCUUUCUGAGGUUUCAGAACACUUCUAAUGAGUGUUUUGUGAGGAGGCUAUGGAUGUCAACACUACAUUGGAGUCAUUAAACCAUUUCUUAGUCUCUAAACAAAAUAAGCUGUAUGUUUAGCAGUACCUGAAUAAAACCAGUCAGCUAACGGGAAUCAGUAGACAUCAUGAUAUUGUUUACUCGUAAGGUACUGCAGUACAUUAGUGGAUCAGUAAUAGUAGUUACCAUGUUUUUUCUCAAUCUGCCCCUUUUUAAAAAAAAUAAUGCUUAUUAUCAAUGGCACAUGCUUCACAUGCAGAAAGUCCCAGGUUGAAACCUCAGCAUCUUCAGGUACGGCCGGGAAUGUUGACCACCUGAAAUUCAGGCGCACUGCUGCCACUCAGUGUAGUAGGCAGUAGUGACCAAAUGCACCAAUGGCCUGACAGUGUAAAACAGCUUUCUUUGUUUGAAUGCUGGGCCCUUACAAUAACAUAUCAGGAUAUUGUAUAAACUUGUAUUAUUUAAGUAAAAUCAAUACAGUUGAGAUAGAUAGAUAGACAGACAGACACUCAUACAUACACAUACACAUACACAUACACAUACACAUACACAUACUCACACUCCAUAACUUUAGAUGUUUAUUAUUGCAAGACUCCUUUAAACAUGUGUAUUGACUUUCAAAUGGCUUCUAAAAAAAAAUAAACAAUAUACGUAGAUUAAAAUGUUUUCCCAUCUUUAAUCAGCUGCAGAAGUAUUUUCCCCCUUCAACCUAAUUCCUAUUUAUAGGCAAAUGUGAAAUUAUAAAUCUUUCCGGUGUCCUCUUGACAAUGCACUUGCUUCUGUUGGUUGUGGGUGAGCUGAAUAGCUUCUAAAGUCAAGUCCCAGUUGUGCUUAAUAAAUUCAGCAGAAUGGAUCUGCUUGGGACUCACACAUACCACUUUCAGCAGGUGAUCUGCUAGUAAAAUAGUUUCAUUCAAGCACCUGUUCUAACCCAGCUUCUUGCUACCUUUGAAGUACCCUUCUCAAUCUAUCUGUUCUUGGGUUUUUUCAAAGUGCCCUUUCUGUGCCUUUUUCUAUAAUAACACUUAGGAAUACUGUGCAUUUCAAAUUACUGCUCAUUUCAUUUCCUUAGCUUAAUCAUCUUUACAGCAGCCUGUAAAAAAAGGUAAAGGUAAAGGACCCCUGACAGUUAAGUCCAGUCACAGACGACUCUGGGGUUGUGGCGCUCAUCUCUCUUUACAGGCCGAGGGAGCCGGCGUUUGUCCGCAGACAGUUUUUCCGGGUCAUGUGACUAGCAUGACUAAGCCGCUUCUGGCGCAACAGAACACCGAAACCAAAGCAGCACACCAAAAUGCUGUUUACCUUCCCGCUGGAGUGGUUCCUAUUUAUCUACUUGCACUUUGACGUGCUUUCGAACUGCUAGGUUGGCAGGAGCUGGGACCAAACAACGGGAGCUCACCCCAUCGUGGGGAUUCGAACCGCCGACCUUCUGAUCAGCAAGCCCAAGAGGCUCAGUGUUAAACCACAGCACCACCCACGUCCUCAGCAGCCUGUAUGGAAGGGCAAUAAAUACUAUGAAUGAAAAGGUUGGUGGUUAUGCUUUGUGUUCAUUCAUCUUCUAGGACAGCGUGCUGUAGCAAGACUCCUGAUUUCCUAUCCUGUCAUGUGACUGUUAUUUUGAAAGUUAGCUUUAUUAAAUAAAAGUUUGUCUGCCACCUUGAAAGAUGUUUGUGACAAGGUGCCUGAGACUUGCAAAGCUUCUCAUUAUCUCCUAGAUUCUUAAAGUGAGCAGAUGGAGGCAAAAUAACUCCCGACGCCAUUACUUUGUAUCACCUUCUUUCCUCCAAAAUUAGGAAUCUUCACUAGACAGCCUGAGGUGGAAAAACAACUUUGCUCCGAGAAGGAGAACAAAGUCAUGAGGUCCCAACAAGAAAUUGUAAUGAUUCAGUCCUGUCAUUUGUUGGCUUGCCUGUUGAAGAUUUAGAUGCAACUCAUCAAUUGGUUUCCCAAACUUUUAAAAUGGAAUGUUGAUUUUGUUAAGAGCUUUUCUUCUUGAUCUAGAGCAGACUUCCCCAAACUCGUGCCCGUCAGGGAUUUUGGACUACCAUCAGUUGCAGUCAGCAUGGCAAAUGGUUAGAGAUGAUAGGAGUUGUAGUGAAAAAAUCUUGAGGGCACCGGGUUGAGAAGGCUGGUCUAGUUCCAUGGCACUAAGUCUGGUGUCAUUCCGAAUAUCUACUGUGGACACCCCACACUCAGCCAACAGAUAGUCCUGUCCCAUCAUUUUGGUAUCACUGUGUUGGCCUGAGCUGAAGGAAACACCAUGCAGGUAGAAUAUCUUGAGUUCUUAAGAAUAAGGUUGUAAUUGAUUCAAGUAAGCAAAAUUUAUGCUUUUAGCAGCAGAGCAACCUUAUUUCAUAGAAUCCCUCUCCCAGCAUGGACAACCUUGUAGCUUUGAUCAACAUGUUGGGAUUUCCCUUAUUCUUAUGGGUAUCUAUUAUUAGCUGAGUGGUAAUUAAGGUAUGAUCAGCUGAAUUCCAUUAAUGCCUUCUGUUUGCUGCUGGUUCCUCUUUAAGAUCUAAACCUGGAGGCAGAGGCACGACAAACCACAGACUUCUAUAUUUUCCUUCUUAGUUGCCUGUCAUUUUAGGACUCUAAAAUGUGUUUGCAUUCCUGGUGUCGUGUAUGUGGUUUGAGAGCAAAACAUUAAUCCUUGGGAAAGCAAUGCAAGGGCCUGGUGCUUUUUAAUAUUCAUCUCACCUACUGCUAAUGUUGUCAUGAUUAACUGUGGAGUUCUUAAGUAGGGGGGAGAUGAUGCUAUCUUCUGGUGUAGAAAAUACCUCUUUAAUCUUAGUUGUGUUUCCUACUAAAGUACAGAAGUCUCUUGAAUGCAACCCUGUAUGCUUUUAUGAAGGAUUCUAGAAUUUCUCCAAUAAAGUAUUAGUAGUAUAAUUUUCCAUUAGCAUCUGAAAAUUACAUCAGAUUAAAAUUUGAAUGCAUUUUCUCCUUCUGGAAUGUGUAGCACACAACAAAAAAAUAAUAAUGGAGCAUAUUCCUCUUGCAAAGUUUAUGUUGUUAAUUCCUCAUUGGGCCCAUGCAACGGGGUGAGGAUUGCUGCAUGUUGGUGUUCUCACAAUCUUCUUCGGCUGUGCUUGAAAAAUUAUGGAAAGCCCACCAUUUCCCCAUAAAACAUGAUCUAUUGUGGCAAAAUUGCACCUGAAAUAUAUAAAUUUAGCCACAUGUGUGAUUGUGACCUGUGUAUUCGCUUUCCCGAUAAUGGCAACUAUUUUUAAUAGCUUUGUGUUGAGCUGCAUAAUAGGGGGAAAACUUUAAUUUAGUUAAGUGACAAUAACAAAUAAUACACAGAUCUAUGGUAUUUGUUAAAGGGAUGCUCAUGUGUUUUUCUUUAUAUCCCCUCUAAUUAAGGUUACUAAAACCAUCCAGGCUGAAAGAAAAAAAAUCUAGAAAAAAUAUUAGUAGCUAAAUGAUAUAUGACCAAAUAACACUUGGGUGUGGGGGUGUGUUAAAAAAUAAAUGUAAUCCAAACUCCUCCCUUUGGUGGCUAUGCCACUACUGAGUGUCUUAGCACUAAUGUUAUUAGACAUAUGCAUUGCCAGAUCCUCAUUAGAUUAACCAUUUCCUAUCAGUAUUAUUCCUUGAAGAAAAUAAAAUGCUAUUGUUUCCCUGUUUAGCUAUUUGGCUACACUAUGGUCACACACACCAGAGCAGCUGAGAAGAAGGUACAUAUGGUAGGGCUGGAAUUCAGUUAUUUUUCAGAAAGAUGCAGCCAUUUUGCCAUGAGCACCAAACAUUUGAAAUCAAAAGAAUAUGAAAUGUGGAGCUACAGUGGUGCCUCGCAAGACGAAAUUAAUUCGUUCCGCGAGUUUUGUCGUCUUGCGAUUUUUUUCGUCUUGCGAAGCACGGUGUCGGGAAAGUUUUGGAAAAGCUUCAAAAAUCACCAAAGUCUUUAAAAACCUCAAAAAAGGCUACCACACUGCGUUCUAUGAGUUGCUCCUCGAAGUCAAGUCGCAACUGUAUUAACGGUGUUAAGAAAAAGGAAACAAACUUGCAAGACGUUUCCGUCUUGCGAAGCAAGCCCAUAGGGAAAAUCGUCUUGCGAAGCAGCUCAAAAAACAAAAAACCCAUUCGUCUAGCGAGUUUUUUGUCUUGCGAGGCAUUCGUCUUGCGAGGUACCACUGUAUUUAAAAUAUGGCGAAUUGGUCACUUGUGUUCAGAGUGCAAACCGCUUUCCCUUUUAUUUGGAGAUAACCUCCAAUAACACAUUGUUGACCUAAGAAUAUCAUUGGGUUGUACAGUUGGACGCCAUUGUGAUCAGUGUUACCCAGUGGAUUCUGUCACAAAUUCACAAAUCUCUGUGGCUCCUGCUUUCCGCACAAUUAUUAUGGUAGUGUGGCUGGAUUUCACACUGUUGUGAAAUGAUAGAAUCAUACAAUAGAAUUGUAGAGUUGGAAGUUGACCCAGAGGGUCAUCUAGUCCAGCCCCCUGCAAUACAAGUAUCUCAACUUGCUAAGCUUGAUAAAUUAUUUGAAAAUAAUAUGCAACAAAGGAAAUAAUGAAGUCAAAGCUAUUUUCAUAGCGAGGUGAACAUAAAGCUUGGCUUAAAGCAAUAUAUACUCCGGAUUGUAUUCAAAACUUCAGGUGGUGCUGGGAUAUUCCUCUUAUUUUAUUUUAAAUUUUAGGAUUACCUCCUCACCCGCUUGCUUCUCAGCACAGCUCCUAUAGUGGCUUUCAAAAGAAAUAAAACAUGAAUUAAAAGCACAUAAAAUUCAUAAAAACACUGCAACAGUAAAAACUUAAUGAAAAUAAGCAGCAGAGAGUAAUAAAACCAUUUCUAGUUCAAGAACAACCUAAUCAGGAGGGAAAGGCCUGCUUUUGGUUUCUCCAGUUAACAAAAAAGUGCAACAAUCUACUCUUGAUUCUUCCUUGUUGGCCUAAAUAUAAUCCACUUUCUUCUAAAUUGCCUGAUUGUAGUGUUGUUUUGCUGUGUUACAAUUUUAUUUUGUGUAAUUUUACCAGUCAACAAAUUAUUUUACUUUCUUUAACUAAUUAAACUAAUUUUCCUUCAUCUGUUAUUCUUCUUGAUCUUCCUCCUCCGUUGCUAUUGAUUAUUUCUUCAUUGAACGGUAUCCUUGUUUUUGCAGUCAUUAUCUUCUCUUGUUUUCAUCUUUGUGUACUAAUUCCACUAGAACCUGUGGCUCUCCGCAUGUUGAACUCCAACUCUAAUGCCAGCCUAGGCAACAACCAUGAAUGAUGGGAGUUAUAAUAAUAUAGGUUCUCCAUCUCUGAGUUAAUAGUUCUUUUUCUUCACCUCCCACCUCACCAACCAAUAUAUGAGGAUACCUCAAAUUUCUGGUUUUUUAGGCCGGGAGGCUGGGAUUCACCUAGGAAUUGUAGUCCCAAAACAUCUGGAGGGCCGAGUUUGGGGAUGCCUGAAACCAGUCCCAUCAGUAGAAGCCCUGUGUACAGACUUCUGCUUGCACAACCGGGCUUUCUCCUUCUCCUUCCUCCUUCAUGCCCCCUAAAUUGGCUCAGGCAGGGGUCAGGAGAACCCCAGAACAGAGCAGAGGGGAAAUAUUUAGUCUUUUUGCCUUAAUUAUCAGGUCUGUCGUGACAGUAUCCCAAAUAAUAAUAAUAAGAGAGUCGAAGAGGUGUCACCUGUUGCACAAGACAGUAGUAUCAGCAAGCUCAGGGAAACAGAAAUAGGUUUUUUUAUUUUUAAAAAAGCCUACUAAUUAUUUUAUUAUUUAUUAAAUUUAUAUACUACCCUUCAUCUGAAAAUCUCAGGGGUGGUUCACAAUAUAAAGGAAGGGAAGCCCCAGAAUGGCCCAUUGAGGACUCUGUCUGCCCAGUGGCCACAGAAUGCUGACUGGUGGUGGUAGUAGUGGAAUGGAGUGCCCUGGGAAAGGGUAUGGCUGGCUGGCUGGCUGGCUAAAACACUGCAACAUUUUGCUGCACAUUCCACUCAUUCUUUUCUAUCUCUGAUCUGUUGUCAUUUCUUAUUAAUCUUUUGCUGCUUCCUCAUAGCCGUCUGCUCAUUGUUUGAAGUCAGACUCUUCUCUUGUUCCUUUGCUUGGUGUUAGCACCUCUUGUUUUGCCACAAGCUGCAGAACUUGCCAUUUAAUUUUUUCCUUUCAUUCCCCUUUUCCUUGUUUGCUUAUUUAUCAUUAAAAAUAUUUGUGUUUCACGAACUCAUAUAGAAAACAUCUCAGCAGUGUACAGCAAAUAUAAUAAGAAAUAAAGGAGAGCAGAAACUUUCAUAAAGAACUGGCCAGUCACAUAACAAACAUUCAUCCAACUGAAAAGGCCUUCGAAAUGUAACUCAGAAUAACAAGCAUGGAUUUCCACCAGCAGCACAGUCCACAUUGCUGGCCCAGCCACACUCAGUGCCCCUUUUCCUCUAGAUGCCAAGUGGGCCUUGUUCACACAGGAGACAGAUAACAGGAUUCCUCCGGCAAUGCUGCCACUGAAGGGCUCAGGCAUGGUUGUUUGGCCUCCGUCUGUCUCAGGCAGUCUUUAAGGUAUCCUGGUCCAUCCUUUCGUUGAUUCUACUUGUACCUUGGUGGGUUCUCUAAUUUGGUCCUGGUUGGAUUAGCUAUCAUUUUACUCUUUUUGGCUGUGGUACUAUACAGCUUGCAUUGAAUACAGUGGCAUUGACUUCUGAAUAAAUAUACAGAGGGUUAGACAAAGGGACACGGGUGGCACUGUGGGUUAAACCACAGAGCCUAGGACUUGCCGAUUGGAAGGUCGGCGGUUUGAAUCCCCACGACGGGGUGAGCUCCCGUUGCUCAGUCCCUGCUCCUACCAACCUAGCAGUUCAAAAGCACGUCAAAGUGCAAGUAGAUAAAUAGGUACUGCUCUGGUAGGAAGGUAAAUGGUGUUUCCGUGCGCUGCUCUGGUUUGCCAGAAGCGGCUUAGUCAUGCUGGUCACAUGACCCGGAAUCUGUAUGCCGGCUCCCUCGGCCAGUAAAACGAGAUGAGAACCGCAGCCCCAGAGUCGGCCACGACUGGACCUAAUGGUCAGGGGUCCCUUUACCUUUAUGCUACAAAUAUACAUAGAUAUAUUAAACUUCUUGUUUGCACUCUGUCACCCCUUUUAUUUUUAUGCAUGUAAAUAUGAUCAUGAUUCUUUGCUUUUCUCUCUUCUUCACACGGAGUUCCUGUUCACAAGAAUCUGUUGCUUCAUAUGAAUUCGUUCUAUCUCCUGCUUAUCUUUGAUAUCUCUAUAUACUCCGCUUUAGUCUUUGCAUUCUUCCGUUUUUGUUGUUGCUUGUUAAACCCUGUAUCUGUUUCUAAGUUUCGUAUCUUUAUGCUCUGUACUUUUAUUGCUUCUUAUCAAUGGAACUCUUUACCUAGCUGAUAUUCAUUUAAUUGGACCUCUUCCUCCUUCUUUAAAAGAGCUUCAUUUAUUUUAGGUAGCCUAUGGUUGCAACUAUACUUAAAACGAUAGAUUAAUGAUUAUGAUUUUAGGCCUUUUAAAAACAUGUUAAUAUUAGACAUGGGGUUGGGUGGGGAAGGGGACAGGUUGUGUACGCAGCAUUGAGUUUAAACUCUGCUCCUCCUGUAUCAUUUUCCAGAUUCAAAUUGCACUCCCUGAAGCUGUUACUUGCUCUACAGGGGACUUUGUGGUACCUACAUGGUCCAUCUCUUUGGGGGGAAGGCUUCAGGGAAGCAUGGUGGCUUCAUUGGGGGAAUAUCAUGAGGAAGCACAGUUAACACUCCCACCCUCUCAACACAGUCCUAAUCAAAUCUGGAGGGUCCCACAAUUGCUAGGUCCUUUUUAAACAAACAAACAAGCAAACAAACAAACAAACAAGGACAUCCUUGUUUAUCUUGAUCACAGAUCUCCCUGUUGAGUUGCACCCUGCAUUUAAUUGUGUUUGGCUUCCUUCCCUGUGUUUCCUUGUUCUGUUGUUGUCUAAUUUAGAUUAUGAACCCAUUGAGUAGGACUGUUGCUUUAUGGGUUUUGUGCAGCACCCCAUUUUUAGGCACUUCACAACUAAUAAUACUUACUAUAAGAAGAGUCGUCUUCAUCUGCCUUCUGAAAGGUGACCAAGAAGAGAAAGAUUCCCUAGGCAGGGCCUGCCUAAAUGCUGGAAGCCUUACCCAGAAGUCUCUGCUCCUAGAUGACAUCUCUUUUAUCUGCCGGAUGGCAGAACCUCCAUGGAAGUGCCUGGGUCAUGGGGGUGGAUAUAUAGGAACCCUAAGUUUCUGAAGUUUCCAAGUGGCCAAGCUGUUGCUUUUUGGAGUGUUGCUUUUAAGAACAUGGGAUUUUUUAAAAAAACUAAAACUUUCAAUAAUUACAAGAGAGGCUACAUAACUGAGCUGUCUUUGUGUAUUUGUAAAGUAACUUUUAAAAAAAUAUCUGAGGUCUACAUUUCAGUGUUCUAACCCCAAGUAAAAGCAGAACAGAAAGUGCUUGCUAACCAUUUAAAAUCAGUAUUGAACAGUUUGGUAUCUUGUGCUCUCCGCAUCUAAUCAUCUGGGACUGGCAGGAUUUAUAACUCCACUAAUGCAUAACAGUGGCUUGGUGGGGGGAAAGUUAAGUUUCUUUUCUUUCUUUUUUUAAUACCCCUCUGCUUUUUUCAAAGUUUAGUGAAUGGUGGUUUUUACAAGGAAGCAAAACAUGUAUUGAAAUUAUCUCGAAGUGCUCUGUUAAGAUUUGUUCAUUCUCUCAGCUUCAUGAAAGCCAAAACCCAGUAUUUAAACAACCACAUUGCAUAUAAAUACACCAUCAUUUUUGAGAAAGUAAAAAGUUCUAUAGAAAUGCAUAUUUUAAAAUUUCUGUUUGGUCCCAUCCCAUGUAGUACAGUAAGUUCUGAGCUAGUUAAUGAGAGUGACUCAGUCCAAGGCCACCUCCUACAUUACUGAAAGUUUACGAUCACUUAUUACACCUUGUGAGCCCAGCAGCCUAUCUUCUUAUGAGCUUAGGAUUGCUGCUGAACUGUGGAGAUAAUUUCUUUGGGUUAGCGCCAAUGAAGUCAAUGCGUGACAAGAACAAUUUCUGCGAAUAGAACAAAACUUCUCAUUCUCCCCCACAACCGGUGUGCCCCCCUCAUCUCCCCCCAAUCUGCUCUGGAGAGUUGGGGAAACCACAGAGCAGAUUGGAGGGUGAUGGGGGAGGUGGCGGGACAAAGCUCUACUCACACAGCGGCUUUGUGGAAUACAACCCCUCUCCCCAUCCCUGUGGAAAAUUGGGAAUACGGGGGGGGGGAGUAUUACUAUUACUCCCAGUGUGAACAGGCUAUUUCCUUUCCUAUGAAACCCCUUUACUCCUCCCAUCACAACACGACCAGACAAACCAGGAAGACUUCAGUUGAACAUAGUUUCUUCUUUUUGUACCAACUGAGAAACUAUGCUUACUAGCUUGGGAGCAAGCCAGGAUAUUAAGACCGCUUUAAAUCAUGGUUUAACAUCCUGUCUUGUAUUAAAGCUUGUAACCAUAGUUUCCAAGUUUGAAUGGAAUGGGAAACUCUGGUUAAUUACAGACUUCCUGGUUUAAUCAGAUCUCACAUAAAGGAAGGGCCUAUUUGGCUGCAUGUGAGGCAGGGGGAGCUUCUUCGUUAAUUGAUUGCGCCAUGAUAAAACUGUCCAAAGUAGCUCAUUGCAUGAUAGUGCACAGUUGCUUGUUCUUCUCUCACCAUUCCUUUAGUGGUUAGGACCAGGACCUGAGAGACCAUGGCUCAAAUCCUCACUCAUGAAUCUCACUGGGUGACCCCCAACCAGGGAUGGCCUCUCAGCCUAACCUACCUCACAGAGUUGUUGUGAGAAUUAAAUGGGAAGGUGGAGAACCAUGUAUGCUACCUUGAAGUCCUUAGGGUGGGAAGUAAAUGCACUGAGUGAAUGAAUGAAUGAAUGAAUACUCCAGUGUCUUAAGUGUGCAUUUUAUGUCAGGACAAAUUAAGUGCACCAAAUAAAACAUAGUGGGGGGGGGAGCGGGCCAGAAAUGUGUAUGUGCAUGUUGUAUCUGUCAUGAAGAAUGGCUAGAAAGUGUUUGUAGCAAUUGUGCAACUAUAUUCCCCACAGAAAUCACAACUGCAAGAAACUGUGCUUGAAGAAUUGCAUUUUGCCAGGUACCUAAUAUUGUGGCUGAAACGCUUGGAAUAUAUAAUAUCUCUUCAAGCAAAGUGCAUUUGUGAAGGAUCACAUACACCUUGUGCAGAACAAACAUGAAACUAAUUCAUAGUUUGCUGUGCCUCCAACAUUUCUCUGAUGAAAAUAGGGACGUUCCAUUCCAUUAAUUUUACUAGUUCUACCCCACACAUCUUACUGGGUUGCCCCAGCUGCUCUGGGCAGCUUCCAACAUGUAUAAAAACAUAAUAAAACAUUAAACAUUUUUUUUAAAAAAACUUCCCUAUACAUGAUUGCCUUCAGGUGGCUCAGGGGUCAGAUAAUUCCAUACCCUCCAACAUUUCUCCAAUGAAAAUAGGGAGAUCCUAAGGAAAAGUGGGAUAUACUGGAAUCAAAUCAGAAACUGGGGUGGCUUCUCUAAAUCAGGGAUGUCCCUGGAAAAUAGGGACACUUGGAGGGUGUGCAAUGAUCUGAUUAUAUGCAAAGGACCUGGGAUACUUUGGCUGCAUGCAUCUCCUUCCCAAAGAUUCCAGUUUGGCUUCCCUUGGCUCUUUGUAUUCUGUAUCUUUAAAACCAGCAUUAGCAGGCAGUUCAUUUCAGUCCUUGAUUUAUAACUGAGUGUAUGUAAGGGGGGAGGGGAAAGAGAGAGCGCUCCAGCAUUCACUCUCUGCUGAAUUGCAGUUCUCCAUGGUCCUACAACAUCUGCAAAUAUUUACAGAGAUAACAAUAUCCAGAGGUCUGGCUUUUUUUGCUUUGUUUUUUCCUAAGAGAAGGUAGAAAAUGAAUCUUGAGCUGGGCUGUAAAAGGUAGAAGGCGGGGGGUCGUUUGGUGAUGGGGCACCAGAAGAGAGGGGGUUGUAAGACCGCAGUUUUUUAUAUCCAAGCAAGGCAGUUUUAGUGGCCCCAGGGUAGCAGACAGGAAGUAGCAAAUGUUUUCAGAUCCUUGUUGUUGCCGUUUCUCGGCCAGCCCCAAGCCACCAGCUCCUCCCACUGCUGCAUAACAAGUUGAAAGAAAGAGCAUGCAGCACUUUUGCAGAGAUGCUUGCCUUCACUGUAGAUCUGCAGAUAUAUUAUCCAGAGAUACCUGUCAUGAGCAUUACUCUUGCAAGCUAAUGUGGCCAUGAGGAUUCAAUUUACUGCUGUGUGUCAUUUGCCAACAAAAUGCUUUGCAAAGUCUUGAAUUUCCUGGGAGUGUCAUACAAUUUCUCGCGUCCCCCCCCCCCCUAAAUUGCAGCAUGCACUCAGCUGUUGUUCCAGCACACCCCUGUCUUCCAGUACACACACACACACACACACACACACACACACACAUCUUGGAAGUGGAUUAAAUUAACCACUGGGAUUCCCUGUCCAAACCAUUAUUUUUUGAUCUCCUGUGGGGAAAAGUGUGUGUUUAAAGCGGGCGUUAUCAUAUAAAGGACCGUGGGUGUCUUGAUGCUUAGAUGAAUGCCCUUCCAACGCCAGUCGCUUUCGUUUAAAGAAUUAGGGAAAGCUCUGCUGCUGUGAAUUGCAAUAACCUACUUGCUAAUCAGUUUUGUUUAAAAGCAGAAAUUGAUUUUCGACCCCUUUUUAAUUAAAACUGGUAAUUUGAGUGGAAUCACUCUAAUGUCUCUCCAGGAGGCACAGGAGAACAUUUUCUGAGUCUAAAGAAAGGGUCUUCAUGCUUGAGAUGAUACACUUGAGUGUGGGCAUGCUUGAAUCUCUUUGCAACUUCCUGGAUAUGGGCAGAGGGACAUUCUGGAAAUGAGGUGUCCCUUACCUGGGAUCUUGGAGGCAAGAAGUAGAAAAUGACUUACUUGGAGGAGGGGACCCCCUGCUCUUAGCCUCUUCCUGCCUAGGGCUACUAGGCAAUUCUUGGCAGCAAUUUCUACUUAGCUCUGCAUCGGCAUACAUCUUACCUUAGCUAAUUUUCUUCGUUUUGUUUUUAGCUUCUUGGUUCUUCCUCUGUCUCUUAGCUACUCUCCCUUGGCUUUUUCGUCAAGUAGCAGGAAGUAGUUGUCUCAGUGUGGCUUCAGGGCCUGAGAUGUUGGCUUAGGGAGAGGGGCACUUUCUCCUGGAACUGCAGAAAUUGCUCAGUGUAGGUCCAACUCCUCUCUCCUGGAAGAAACAUGAUGUGAAGGUCCAUCUCAUCCAUAGGUGCCAUGGGAACUGCAUGGUUAGCCAUUGCUUCACCAUCACAUGGCAGCAGGAAUGGAGGAGCCUCACUGCCAUUUUGCUUCCAUCUUCCCAACAGAAUGCAGAUUCUGAAGCUGCAAUGGAAUUCCCACAUGGGGACCAAAACCACUAGCAAUUUCUCACACUGUAUUCUCUCCUAAAAAUACAUUGCUGAUGACGACGGAGGUAUACCUAAAUUUGACACCCUUGUGGCUGCCUUCUCUUCUGUGGAAAAACUAAUAACUGAAGAAAGGAAUUGGCUCUAAGAGCUUUGAAGCUAAAGUUAUAACCCUCCAGGUUUCAAAAGUUGUUUUCGUCUUUUGCUCAAGCAGCAUUGCUGUGUGCCAGCCUUUUCCUCCAGAGGUUUUCAGCUACAGCUCCCAUUGGCCCCAAGCAGCAUGGCCAAAAGCCAAGGAUGAUGGUCCAACAACAUCAGGGGAGCACCAAGGUGGUAGAGUCCUUUCCGACUCUACAAUUCUCUGAUUGUAUUAUUCAUAGGUGGUUAGGAGAGGGCAUGGCCCAAGAUAGAUGUGAGAACAUGUUUGAAAGCUUAUAUGCAGAAAACCAAGGCGUCAAGGUCUGGAACUCUUUUUGUUUCCUAUAAGUUGGGAUCCUUUGAGGUCAGAGUUUUGAAGGCUUUCUUAAUACAUUAAUACUUAAUAUAUUAAGUACUCCUUAAUACUUCCUCUUAUGUAUUAGGGAACAUACACAUUAGUGGCUUAAAAUGCAGCAAGGUCAUUUCCCCCCUGCUGUGUUUCAAGUCGCAUUUGCUGUUACUCUACACACUUGUGAGGGGGUGGAGAUGUCUUCAUCCAGUAGGCAUUAUAAGAUUUUGUUCCCUGCGACUGCAAACCCCUGUCAUCUACACAUGUGCAACAGCUGCCUGAACUGUGCAUACUUCAGUGUAACUUCAGCCUGCGUUUUCAAAUUGGAUAGAAGCUGGUUCGAGGGGAAACGCAUCAAACAACAGUCUUUCUCAACAAACUACAGAAUUGUGGCCACCAUCAUGUGAACUCUGCUUCAGACACCAGUGGAGUGCACAGAGUAAAUGACAGUGUGUGCUUAGCCUUUGUUUGGCCUGUGGGUCAACAGGGUCAUAGAAUCGUGGAGUUGGAAGGGACCCUGAGAGUUACCUAGUCCAAGCCCCUGCAAUGCAGGAAUAUCAGCAAGUUCAUACAUGACAGGUGAUCAUCCAACCUCUGCUUAAAAACCUCCCAAGGAAGAGGAUCCACCACCUCCCAAGGGAGACCGUUCCAUGGUCAUCUAUAAAAUGUUGCUUCCUGGACCCCAGCUUUUGUAUACCACUUCCGAGAUGUGCCUCUAUCCUGACCCAGAUGAUAAUAUUAUGCAUGAAUCUUGUUUCUGGAUAAGAGCAGAUGGACAUUACAUCCCACCCCACCCCCUUUCUGGUUUCCAACUGGUUUGGGUUUCUAAGAAAUAUCGCUUAUUCUUUAACUAAUUGAUUGCCUGUUUUUAUGUUCUUAUCUUAUGUUCUUUGUAUACUGUCUUAGUUUCAUGAGGGUGGGGUACAAAUAAUAAAUUGUUGUUGUUGUUGUUGUUAUAUUAUUAUUAUUAUUAUGUUUGGCUCUGUUUUGUUGGUUCCCUAGUUUCAAAUUCCAGUUCUAAGCUUUCGUUGUAUCAGUCCUGAGAAGGAGGGAGCUCCGUUCUGUGUUUCCAGUUCCCAGGCUUCUUAGAAAUACGAUGUACCUCUUUCAGAAUGCCACUGUUCUCAGAUUGUAAGGUCUGUGGGAACAGGGGCUGCCUCCUCAUCCUGCUUAUGCAACUCUCUAAAGUGCUAUGUAUAAUGAUGGUGCUCCAGAAAGGAGAUACACCACGAAAGGCAAAAUCUCCUUUUUGCUUUGACUCAAGGGGUUGUGGGGUUUUUCGGGGAGGGUGGUGUGCUGCCGAUGAUGCCAAGAUUGCAGGUUCAGUCCCUGUAUGGGACAAUUGCAUAUUCCUCCAUUGCAGGGGGUUGGACUGGAUGAUCCUUAGCUUCCCUUCCAACUCGGCAAUUCUAUGAUUCUGUUAAGGGUAAGAAUAUGGGUGUGCUAGUUGUUCCUAUGUUAAUCAACCCAUGUUUUUAAAAGCAGCACAAGAAUCCAUCUAAUCCUGCAUCCUCUUCUCAGUAGUGCAGAGAUGGAGAAUAUGUAGCCUUCUACAAGUUGUGUUCCAGUCUGAGCCAGUAGUCCAACAACAUAAUGGGCCACAGGUUCCCCAUCCUUGCAGUUGUGGUUAGGCAGGUGCCUUUGAAAAUGCACAGGCAGAGCUUGAUGGUGAGCUUUUUUGUCCCCAGCCCCUAAAACCUGUUCAUGAGGAAGCCCAGUCUAUCUAGGGCUAGUAAAACUGACCUCUGUGAGGAACGCUUUAAAAAGCAUUUUUGCUAGUGGUCAUCCUUGCAUCCUGUGGAAAAACAGUUCUAAGUUUAGAUAAAGAUCAGUUGUUUUAUAUUGUGCAGUUGGUGCACAAAGGGGGUUCUUAACUGAGGAAGGAAGCUUGGGUUCUGUUUUGGAUCUUUUCACUUGACAAUUUUAAGAAAUUGGGCAUAACGUGGACUUCUUGACCGACCUGUUAAGGUGCUCUGCCAUUCACUACUCCUAUGCAUGUGAUAAUUGGCAGAGGCUUGCCACUGUCCUUGAGGCUAAUGCCAAAUAGUGUGAAAUAGUGAGUGGCUGUGUGGGAAAAGUCCCUAUCUACAUUAGACUCCUUUCCCUUGUCUCUAAUGAAUGAGAUUAUCCUCCUCCCCACUGCCCUCCAGAAAAAGUCACAUAAUACUUGCCAACUUUGACGUUCAAGUACCGUUCCAUUGCCUGUUCCCAGUGUUAUGGGAUCCUCCCUAAUAUGCUUCACAAUCUGCUAUGAGAUUCAAUAUUUUGAAUAUUUAAAAAAGUAUUCUGCAGAUUUCAUCCAUUGGUUAUUUGUACCAUUUCCAAGUAAUUGAUUGUGUUUAAAAACCACACAUCUUAUCCAAGCUCCAGAUCUCCUGCAAUUUUUCAACCAGCUGAUCUUACAGUGGUGUCUGGUUGCUUUUUUCUUUUUAAGACAUGUGGGUCUGCCUUAACCGUUCUGUAGCUUACUGACAUAAAGAAAGACAGUGGUUUUGCCAGGGUUUUUCCCUCUUUUGCAGAAUUUUUAUUAGGCUUGCUCUGUUUAUCCAUGGUAUUCUUCUGGGGUCCCCAGGUUGCACUUGUGGACACGGUGUUAUUCUCAAAUCCCCUCCAAGGCCACCAAACACCCCAAAAAUUUAAAGAAAUUGCGUUUGGUUUGGUUAGUUAGCAGCUUUUAAAGAAGGGUCUGGGGCUUGGGGUUUUUUUGUGGGGAGGUUAUAGGGUUUCUCUGCAUGUUGCUUGUGGAGGGAGUUCUGAGCAGCACCAGUGUCUUCUGUAAAAUGGAUGUUUUAUUAGAUUUCCAAUUGUGCCUCCAAGCCCAAAAUGUUUGCGAUUUCUGUUAUAAUCGUCCUUUUCUUUAGCUAAUUUGGAAAUACCGGUGCAUAAAAAUGUACAGUGGCCAAACUGGCAAAGUGCAACUUCUCAUCCAUUUUCUAAAUGACAUUUUGCUACAAAUGGAGUUUGGUUCCCAUACAUACUUCUGCAAUUGCAAAAGAAACCUCUCAAUGUGGAUGCUUAUUAGUAGCAUAGACAUCAAGUAAUGGGACACCUAGGGGUGGUUCAGCUAUAAAUGGCUCUCUUAAACUGUGGUAAAGAAAUAGAGAACAGGCCAUGAAAUCACUUUGUCCCUUGCCUUACCCUCCCUCCUGUCUAAAACAAAUUUGUCCUACCCACCUUGAUCAUAGUUUUAAGCAUUACUUUGGUAUCAAUAUUACAUGGUGAUUGGGGCUGUCCUCUUAACAAGGAUUUAAAAAGUGCAUAAUCCUGUGACUUACUCCUGGUCAAGAAAGGUUUUUCAUUAUGUCUGCAGGCAUUAAUGCAGAAAUAACACAUCUGUGUUACUACUCUAUAGAAUCAAUAUGUCGUUCCAUGAUGGAAGAAAGGCAGGAUAAAUAUAAGGAAAUAAAUACUUCAUUUUGUAUUGGCCAUGUUCAUUAACGGAGACUAGUGGGCACUUCAGCAAUGGUAAAUCUGUGAUGUCUACUUAAUUGAUGAAGGUUGGCACUGGCUUCUUAAAAUCCUGAGGUUCAUCUCUCAACAUUUAUUAUGUGGAGAGGCAGGAUUCCUGAUUUAGGCAAGGUUAUUUUAGAUUUAUGUUUUAGCCUUUAAUUAUUUCAAUAUAGGAGAACCACAAAAUAAUUUGCUCAUAAGUUCAAGUAAGGAGAGGUUGAUAACUGAAGGCUAAGAAGCUUCUACAUUAUAGCAGUAUGGCAAGUGCUGGCUCUGUAAGAUCAGAGGUGAAGAUUUUGAAAGGGAUUAUUGGCGUAAAUUUCCUAUGGAACUUUUAUUCCUGUGUUUGGUGAAUACCUAUGAGAAUGUAAAUCCUGUAGGUCACUACUUGCUGUUCUGUAGUUGCAAUGAAGUAGUGGGAACAGCAUUAAGUAUUCUUAACUUCCUUGAGGUGUUUCCCUGCCCCCCAGUCCUAUGAACAUUUUAUCUUAAAAACCAAUUUACUUGAUUGUUGCCAUUAAUGAAUGUAUGUGAAGUAGUUGAAUAGUUGGGUAGUCGCUCUGAGCUUUCCAAAAACGGUUCUUAUUUGGAACUGCUGGAUUUCCUUUAGUACUUGGCUAAUGAUACAGUUGGGAAAGAUAAUGGUUUUGUCGUUUUCUUUUCACUACCCUUUUCAAUUAACAGCAGAUUAUUUCUGCUUGCAAACUACAGUGUGUCAGAAAAAGAAGUUAUCUCUUUAGGUGACAUGGGUGAAGCAAAGGACUAUAAUCUUUUAGGUUAUGUCUUUAGUAGAAAAUAUUCCAUGUUCUCACACUUCUUAUAGGGGAAACUAGCAUGGGGUAAUGGAUAGUAUUGGACUUCAACCAAAGAGAUUCAUUUUGCAGUGAGCUUUGCACCAGACUCCUCUCCUCUGAAUGUACUUUGCCCUGAGCUCAGUGUAAGAAAGGUGGGAUUAAGACAGGGGUAGGCAACCUAAGGCCCAUGGGCCGGAUGCGGCCCAAUCGCCUUCUCAAUCCGGCCCACGGAUGGUCCAGGAAUCAGCUUGUUUUUACAUGAGUAGAAUGUGUGCUUUUAUUUAAAAUGCAUCUCUGGGUUAUUUGUGGGGCAUAGGAAUCCAUUCUCCCCCCCCCAAAAAAAAGUCCGGCCCACUACAUGGUCUGAGGGACGGUGGACCGGCCCAUGGCUGAAAAAGGUUGCUGUGAAUAAAAUGAAAAAGAUGUGAAUAAAAUAAACUUGCAUAUAAACUAUUCUAUAAAAUAAAUUAGAUUGAUAAAAUGGGGGUAAUUCCUUUGUUCCAUGGAGACUUAGGUAGAUCAUAUUAGCUACAUGGCUUCUUGGUCAAAGCUACUUCAAAUAUGAUGUUAAUAGACCUAAAAUAAGAGUUUCUUUUUGAGCUUACCAUUGACAUGUUUGAUAGAAAUGUGGGAGUCAUGAAGCAAGGCAUUUCAGAGGUCCAUGUUAAUAUAUCUGGGACAAGGAGCAAUUGUUAUGCAUUUGAAUGAAUCCAACCCAGGUUCUAGGCUACGUUCUGUUACGUUGCAGUUGCGUAUAAGCCCAGUGCUGACUUUUCCUGGUCUAAAAGAUGCUUCCCAUCCUCCUCUACCAUGAAAGUCAUACCCAAGCUUCAUUAGGAUUCUGCAGUCAUGAAGACCUUGACAUUGUUCUUCCAGACAGAGUGGAAAUGUUAAGCUCUAGGACUCAUAUGCAGCUACUGCUUAGAGGCGAUCAGAGAGGGCUUAGGCAGUCUCAAUGGCUGAAAGCAAGCUACCAUUGAUAGCAGCAACAGUUGCCUACCCAUUGCCAUUUCGUUGGGUUGGGUUGGGCUUCACCUCACACAGAGAAUUACUCAGUAGAAGUUUCAUUUAAAGUGGGAGUUUCUUUGGUCUAGAGAAGAUAAAGUGUUUACAUGAAGGUAGCACAUUUACAGACAGAGGUUACAGAGUGCUCUGAUCAAAGCAUCUCAAAGGCAUCCACAUAGCAGCCGACUUUUUCUGUUCCAAUUUAAAUUGUGCAAUCUUUAUGUGUUUACCAUCCUAGAGACCAUUUUCAGUUGACUUUAAAAUAAUUGUAUUACUUGCAGUAUGCUCCUGACAACUCCUUCCUUUAAUUGUGUGUAAUUGAAAAAGUUGUUUUUGAUUUUCUGGAACCUAAAAGAGGCACAAGGACUUUAUGUGGUUUUGUGAAGGGGUCAAAGCACAUGAUAAGCUAGUGCUGAGAACAAAUUCUCCUUGCUGCACAGUGAUUGCGUCUUAAAAGUUGAUUUUUGUUAGGUACAAACGCUUCCCAUGCAUUUCAAAAUAUGUACCUCGGGUUACAUACGCUUCAGGUUACUCCACUACCCCAGAAAUAGUACCUCGAGUUAAGAACUUUGCUUCAGGAUGAGAACAGAAAUCGUGCUCCGGCGGCGCAGCAGUAGCAGGAGGCCCCCAUUAGCUAAAGUGGUGCUUCAGGUUAAGAACAGUUUCAGGUUUAGUACAGACCUCCGGAACAAAUUAAGUACUUAACCCAAGGUACCACUGUACUUGAUAGCGGGGGUCUAAUUCUGUGCUUUUAAGUAUUUGAAAUGGGGGGAAAGCUACAUUUGAAACAUCAUACCGAACACUAUAUUCAUGUAUUUUGUUUAUAGAUAUCAGUACUAGAGAAAAAAAUAACCUGUGAGAAGCAACCCUUAAUUCUCAGUUAAAGGAGUUAAUGAGCAAAUAUUAGCACCCUAUGUACAAUGGAUCUUAUUAAUGCAAAGGAAAAUCAGUUUCUACGAUCCCGUAAACAUAACCUGGAGGAUCAGCAGAGUGUCUGCUUCUGUUUAGAGCUCUGUUUGCAUCUUUCCGUGUUAACUCUUUAACAAUUUCUCCCCCUCUUUUAUUUACAUUGCACUCAAGUUUCCCUGGUACAAAAGAUUUGCAGGUGCAAAUAUGUCCUGCCUUCAUUAACUUCCCCUCCCCUUUUAAAUUUAUGUGAUUUCAAUUUUCCUUCCCUGUACUGUUAAUUAGGGGAUCCUCUAAUCAGUACCAUUAUCACAGUGGUAUUCAUGUUUAGGAAAGCUGCUAAACAAAUGCUUGCAAAAUUGCUAAAUGGCUAAUUAAUGUCUGUUAAUUAAGAAAAUUGCUCAUGGUAACAAACCGUGCCAUUGCUGGCAGCAGCUAGAAGGCGAACACUUGUUGAAAUUACUAACAUGGCAGGUAUAGAACAUCUGUUCCUCUGCUUUUCCUGAAGUGUGUAGCUGAUUCUCAUAAUGUACUUACAAGUCUUGUUUGCUUUCCAGACCAAUUACAAUUUUGUGUUUGUUUGAGAGAGAAAAAAUUACACAGGGAACAUGUGUACAUCAUAGUGCGAAUUUGGUUAUUCAUGUUCAAGAACACACUUUUUUUGAAAUAAACUUCUUGUUUUCCGGGAUUCCAGGAAUGGAGGGAAUUAAAAUGAUGUUUAAUCCUACAGCCCUGCAUUGCAGGGUUGAAACUAUACAAAUGAAUCUUUUUCUUCUCAGGCGCAUAUAAGACCCCCCCCCCAAGGAAAAUCAUAUCUGCAUGCAAGAUUAAUUGUUGCCUCAAUAGAUAGUUAAUCUUGGUGAAGGACCACAGUUCUGGUCUCAAAAAUGUGACACUAUAGUCUUGUGUGUAGAAAUGAUAAGUUAUUGCUGCUGCUACAAACUUCCUAGAGUUGGAAGUCUAGGUAAAGUUAUUAAGCAUGUUAUUAAGCAUUUUUAUUUUUAUUAUUAUCAUCAUCAUAAACCUUCUUGUUAACUUUCUCUUGUUCUAAAUUCUUAACCCAAGUGGCAAAUGAAAACACAGAAAAGUACUAUUGCUAAUCUAAUAGGAAUAUAUUGUGGGUGAGCUAGUUUUGUAUGUGUUCUUCAAGCACUUAUCCAGAUGCAUUUAAUAGUGCAGGCUUGUGGAAGACUGAAACCGUACAGUGCAGUACACCUGGGGGGGCUUUUUGUUCAGCUUGCAUAAGUUGUAUUGCCCAGACCCAUAUCAUGAUCCAUACAGCCAACGCAGAUUUGCAUUUUGUUUUGUUUUGUUUUUUUGUUUACCCAAAUCUGCUGAAUUACAUAAUUUGAAUAAAGCGUGCCUGAACGCGGGCAGAUGCCAGGGCACAGUUGGCGGACAUGUUGCGUUUCUGCGGUGCCAUGUGUGCAAUUUCCAGUGUGAGACUAGACGAGGCAGGUUUUUUCCCACCCCCACUCCAGAUAUUUUGGAGACUUUUUUGUGUUAAUUGAGAUCACAGUUUGCAUUUAUUAAGGUUCGGCAAUGAAAAUGUUUGCUCGCAGGUUAUGUGCCGCCACACAUUGCACCUAUUUUAGUCUGUCCGCACAGCAGUAAAAUUCCAGCACCGAGCAGCAAUUCCAGCGUUGGACUCACUAGCGAUCCCAUCACAAAUGUCAGAGGGCACAAGCUGUUUCGCUCACUCAAAAUUAACAGCUCAUUUGAUGUGCUUUGACAGUUAUUGGUUCUUUGCCCGCAUUCUCCCCCCCCCCCCCGCCCCCCAAUUUCUAUUUCUUUUUCUUUUGGAAGUUUGCGAUGUUCAGAAACAAAAUAUUCAUUCCCUGUGAAGAUUCGCCAGCUUCUCCUGUUAAGCCAGCUCUUUUCCUGCACAUUCAUGUGCCUGACCUAUAACCACCUUCUGCUAUCUAACCUCACAGGGACCGCCUGGCUCUCAGCCCUCGCCACACGCACAGCCUCCACCUCACAACCCCAACAGCAUGAUGGGACCCCACAGUCAGGUAAAGACAUCGCAGGGCACUGCUGUGAUAUGUGUGUUCUGUGUGAACUCUCAAAGCAUGUGGGAGCCACACCCUUCCGCUAACUUAACCAGCGAGCAGCUCCAGGGUAGUUUGCGGAACGUUGUGAAUUUACAUCCACUCAAGAUCCCGGGACCCCAAAAUUGUUUUCAUUCCACCUCAUCUCACCUCCGCUAGGAAGUCUGUUCCUCUUGGCUGCAUUUGUUCCAUUGACAUCAGAUUACAAAGUAGCUUUCGAUUUUCAGACAUGCUAAUUUACAUACAAAUAUCAUUUUUUCUAAUCCUCCACCCCCCCAACCCCGAACAGCAUUAAGACAAUCAUUGUACGGUUUAAGUGCUUGUUUUCACUACUUGUCAUUGAAAUGUUUUAAACUCUUCUCUUCCCCAAACCGCACUUUCAUUUACCAGUCUGUUUAAAAAGUAUCUUAAUAUUCGCUUGGUACUUUCAUUUGUGCUAAUUUUAAUUCUUGUCAAAAAUUAUUAAACCAUCCUAACCUUAAACAAAUAAAUACAGUAAAGCACAACAAAUGUCAAAGACUUAAGAGUCUAAAUAUUUCUUAUCAGCAGGGUUUUGUUUUUUGUUUUAUUAAAAAAAUCCUUCUGUGUGUAUAUGUGUCAAGUUUAAUUACAAGUUGAAUGGAAUGCAGUAUAUUAAAUCUUUCAUUCAUUUGGCCUGGAAUUCACCUCAGAAAUGUUGUGCUAAUCAAAUGCUCGGUUUGGGGAGUUUGUGUGUACGUGUGUAGAAUAAGGGAAAUACAAUCAAUUUUGGUAUUUUAAAGAGCAGUUGUGAAGGAAGUGGUUAUAAUGUUUACUUCCACUUUUGAGCGUUCAUUGCCACUGAACUAAUUUUAUAUGCUUACAGCCUUUUAUGUCACCAAGAUACGCAGGAGGUCCCCGGCCCCCAAUCAGAAUGGGAAAUCAGGUAUUGUAUUUCUUCAGUAUUCGCAGCUAAAACACGAUUGAGGCUUAAGAUGUUUAUUCUUUCAUUCAUGUACUUUUUAACACUGGGGUUGCAAUGAGUUACCACACACAGACACACACACCCCGUUUCUUAAAGGGGGAAUUGUAAAGCUCUCAGGUGAUCUUUUGCCACAAGAUAAUAAAUGCAUAUAUGUAGUAAAUAGUGGGAGCUUGAGGGCAGAAGGAUGUCCUGUCUGUAGCCAGCUUGUCGUUUGUAAGUGGAGUUCAUGCAAACCAGAUUGUAAGAUGUGCACAGAAGAUUUACCGACUCUCCAAAAAAAAUCUGCCAUCCUAUUGAGUGUCAUGCUUUUCUGGCCUUUCUUGACCAAUGAUCACAUUAAAUUCCUCUUUGAAAUUGCUGCAGGAGGCUAGAACAUAACAAGAACUCUGUUGGAUUAGACCAAAGGCUUAUCUAGUUUCAGCAUCCUGUUUCCCACAGCAGCCAACUAGAGAUGCCUCUUGGGGAAACCCACAAGGAGGACAUGAGGGCAGAAACUCUCCCUCCUGCUGCGGUUUCCCAGCAACUAGAAUUCAGAGGUAUUGUGCCUCUGUUCCUGGAGGUAGCAUAAAGCCAUCACGACUAGGUAGCCCUUGAAAGCUUUGUCCUCCAUGUACACUAACCACCUGCACAUUUCCAAAACAAUAACAACAACAAUAUUAAGGAAUCUUGCAUGCAAUUUAAAUUCCUUUUUAUAACUCUGUGCAGGAUUUAAAAAAAUUAUAUAUAUAAUUGUGGUUUACGUGUUGUUGUUUUUUAAAAAAUGUACAUCCAGUGCCAUCACACUCACUUACGGCUUUGUAAGUGGACUUGCCAAAACUGGAUCAGAGAGUUACCAUGUUCUUGGCUAUGUUGGAUCUCACCUAUCCUCAGUUGCAGAGGUCCUCUGUCCAUUUUGUUUGAACUGUGCAUAGCUCCUUAAGGGACCCAUAAAGCUAUGCAGGAGUUUCACGGCACCUUUUAUGCAUCACAUAUUUCUAAGUUUUGUAUCAAUAUAUUCAUUUUGGAAUACCAGUUCUCUGUCUAAGUUACAGCCAACAACUUCUAUUAAGUAGUGAUGUUAAGAGGGAUCUGGACUAUUUUUAAAAAAACAUUUUUUAAAGAAAAUGUCCAAAUCGCAAACUUGCUUAUAGCUAGACAGAGAGAGACGAUAUCUGUCUUUUCUCUCCAGCUUUAUCAAAAUAUGGAAGGCACAUUAUGAAGUUGAAAGGAUUUGUUGCCCAAGAAAAAAGGAAUCUUACCAUUUCUACAAAACGCGUUGACGUAUUUUAAAUACAAAUGGCAUCAUCACAAUCUGUUCACUUCUGUUAAGUAAGGAAGGAAGGGGAAACGCUAUCACCCUUGUUGAUGAAAUGUCAUCUGUGUUGGCAAACAGAUAACUUUCUUUAACGCAGUGCAUUUCCCAAAUGUAUACCUUAAAAUUGCACUGGCAUCAGUAGCAUUUCAUUCAAGGACCUUCACUGUGAGACUCAGGCUGCAUAUGGAUGACUGUUUUUUUAAAAAAUGAAGAUAUAUGAUAGAUUCAUGAGGAAUGGGAUAUGUGCAUGUGGGCAUCUGCAGGGAAGAUAAGGAGAAUAUCACCCCCCUCACCCACCUGAUAAGCCAUCUUUCCUGGAUUCCAAGUUUUCAUUACAAAAAGAAGUGGAGGGGAAGUAAGUCUUCAGCCCUUGUUGAACCUGAAAUAUGAGGCAGAAUAUUCAGGUGCUACUCUGCUCAUUUGUUUUGUUAAAACAAAAUAAUGAGCCUGUUCCUCUUUCUGUAUCUUUAGCCAAUGAAUGAAGGCAUAGCAAUGACUGAUGUUUAGGAAAGCAGAUCUAGCCAUUUAGGCAAGAGAGAAAUGGUAUAUUUAAGAAACUUCCUGGCUCAUUUUAAAGCUUUUAUGUUUUUCUCCAAUGAGGAAAUCGUUGUUGUCGAAUGGGGGGGGGGGCGGAGUCAGGUACCUAGACGUUUAGUGUAGCUGAGACUGGAGUAAAAGUACCCCAAACCAAAAGGUAGCAGCAAAGAUGGAAGUUCAUGAUCUUUCUAACUCGGGUCUUAUUUCUUAUUUCGCACCCCCCCAAAAAAGUGACACCCCGUGAGUUUGUAAACCGUGGACUCAGCUGUGCAGCUGCAAAUGUGUUGUGAAGUGCAAUACACUAGACACUAGAUGGCAACUGUGAGCUAUAGCAAAUUCAAUGUAUUUUUCAAAAGGAUUUUUUUCCACAACAUUUUAAAGCAACAUUUUCACAACAUUUUAAAAAUGCAUGCAGAUUCUACCCUGAUCAAAACUUACCCCACCAGUGCAGGUAAACUCCAGCUAUAUAUGUUUAUUUAUAAAAAAUUAAAUACAACUUUUCAAUUCCAAAGUGGUCCCAAAGCAGUUUACAGUGAAAAUAAAUAUAAACCUAGUGAUAAAACAAAGCAGUUCACACAUUAAAACCUGCAGUAAUGCAGGCUAUACUGUACUAAAACUCCAGAGCAGAUUCAACCAAGCUCUUCAAAAACCUGGGAGGGCAGUUGUUUAUGUCAAAGAAGGUCCUGAAUGGCAUGGCUUCUAAGUGAUGGUGCCAUUACUGAUAAGGCCCUACCCUGUAUCCCCACACUGUGAACAAGAAGGAGCCCCCUGAGACAAUCCAAGAGCCCAGGCUGGGUGGUGUGGGUGGAAGUGCUCCAUAAGAUACCUUGGUCCCCAUCCAUUAAGGGGCUUUUUAAUUAUGCAUUUUCAAUAUGCUUGUGGAAUAUAUAGGUGCUUAUGAAGGAUGCUUAUAUGUAGCAGGUAACUGGAGGGAGGGUGUUUACAAAACACCCACGAGCUAGAUAAACACAGGUGAACUUAAGGACCAAACCUAGAAGAAUACUUAGCAUCAAAAGAGUUGCCACAGUCAAUUAGCCCACCCAAACACCUGGAGCUAUUUUACUCUGGCUUUAUGGCAUGAGAAGCAUGAUUUUUGAAAGCGCCCAUGAACUCUAGAAAAAGAGGCUUGUUUUCUGAAGAAGGCCAGGAGUGGACAAAAUUACAAAUUGUGUCAGUAAACCCAUUUGGCCAAGGUAACGCAAAGGUGAAAGGCAUUUCUAGAAGACCAUCAACAACUGGAAGGAAAGGACUGUUUAAUCCUUCCUUCUAAUUCUCCCCUAGAAAUCCCCUUUUUUCAAUGGGCUAGUAGACAAGGGGGUUGUAGCAUUCAACUAUGCACACGUGACACUCUAGGAACUGAUGAUAGAUGAACUGGGAUAAAUAAGAGAUAUCACUUACCCAUUCAGGGAAUGAAACUGAGGCCAUUCUCCACCUACAUGUGUAUUGUGAAAAUGAUGUCCCAUAUGUUACAUUUUUCUCAUACAAAUAAAUGGUACUUUUAAAAAUGCUGCUUUUUUUCAUGCCACUCCCUCUGCCAUACCUACCUUUCGCUGUUGGCUUAGGGGAAAGUCGGCCAAGAAUAACUGGAAUGGGGGGAAAGUUUUCCUGUUCCUUUUUGAAGGAGGAUUUCUAGGGAAGAUUAAGCCUAUCCUCGAAUCAACCAGGUUUCCUCUGCAGUGCCCACACAAUGGCAAUAUGAGACAAACGCAGGGCUUAUAGCAUAAGGGGGCUAUUCUGCCCUCACCCUCAUCAGUAAAUUGACCCAUUUCCUUGAAGUCUAAUGCUUUUGAGUAUAGAUAUAAAAGCAGCUGAGCCAAAAGGGCCUUCAGCCCAUGACUGGUUUUUCUAAUUGCAGCAGCGAAUGUAGCAAAGCAAUAUUGAUAAUUGUACUGUGCAUCUCCCAAGUAUUUGAUUUCCUCAAAUUUGUUUCCUUUCCCCCAUAGCCUCCAGGGGGUGUUCCUGGUACACAGCCCUUGCUGCCCAACUCAAUGGACCCCACACGACAACAAGGUAAAUGUGAUUCGGCUUGUCUGCAGGUGUUCUUUCCCCUUGGCCUAUGCUUUCACCAAGUGCAUUACUCUCCAGUAAUAAAGUAACAUCUUCCUGUCUCUCUUCCCUCACUAGGGCAUCCCAACAUGGGAGGGCCGAUGCAAAGGAUGAAUCCUCCACGAGGAAUGGGGCCCAUGGGUCCAGGUCCACAGGUAAAACCUGGGCAGAGCAUUUCCUACCCUGUCCAGUGCCAAGCAAUAGCUUUGCUACGAAGUUAGCGAGCAAAACAUCAUAAAAGCAGCCUCUGGGAGCUUGAAGAGCUAGGAGCACUUCCAUUCCUCCCAAACCUUUUCUUCCUCACCAUUAGCGAUAAUGCAUUUUACAUUAGUGUGUUUACAUGUGUCUGGAUGGGGGGUGGGGGGGAAUCCCACCUUCCAACAUCUAGUUAUGGCUUCAGAAGUGAACAUCCUCAUAUCACGUACUUCAUGUGCUCACCUGCUCCCACCUUCCAUCUUUGCUCUUUUCAUCCAAAUGGGCAAACUCUGGUUUAAUUGGACUCUGGUCAGGAAAGAAUCUUACAACUUGAGAUGCUAACCCUUAGGUGGGGUGGGGGUUUUGCGGGUACAAUGCUGAAUUUAUUUCACUUAAUUGUUUUUUGGAAUAAAAAAAAUUGCUGCAGUCUAUUCUGCGCUUUAUAGCACCAGCAGACACCCUAUCGACUAUGCAGGUCGACCCAAAAGGUGCUUGCUUUUUCUUUUCUUUUUUGCUGCCCAGCAAAGUUUAUUUGAUGUCCAUACUUCGCAUUUACUACAUACUGCAGGAGGAAUGAUGGAGGGAAGAGGAGGGCUGACAGGUUACUUCUCAGAUGCAUGCCAUGGGCCAAUCAUGGCGCGUAUCUGCUUUUAUAUAGUUCUGGUUCAGUCUUGGAUCCCAGCAUUGCUACCUCUGGUGGUAGCAUCCCCUCAGCAGAACUCCACUCAGGGAAAGCUCCCACCAGUGGAUGUUGUGGGAGGUGGCAUUCACCUACUCACCCCUUCCUUCUGCAGCCCCUUGCAUCUCCCUAAAAUCGGCUCUGGAGGGUUGGAGGCUCUCUGGGACAGGGGGAAAGGGUUGUGGGGAGGGAGAGAACACAGCAAAAAGCUCCUUCCCCACUUCCUCUUCUGGAUCAAGCACCUUGUGAGGACGGAAGGAACAAUUCAGUUAGUUGAAUCCGUACCUCAAGGUUUAACCCUUAAGGAUCUGGACAACUUCGUAGGCUGCCUAGAAAGCCAUUGCUCCUAGAUACCUAAUUCUGUUGCAAUACGUCUGUUUUGUGGGUUCUGUUGGGACUCUCUGAGCCAACGGAUCAGUGUGAGAAGCUUCCAAGGGGACAGAUGGAGUCAGAUGGUGAAGAGAGAGAGAUACAAGGUCCUCUCUCCAGUCUCUCGGUUGGUCCACUUUUUGUGCCAUGGUUGGAUCAGGUUAUUGAGGUGCAUGAUGUAUAUUUACUUGUUAUAAAUAAGUGUUGACGGAUGGUACUGAGGAAUGUGCAUCUCUUCUUUCACAGGCUUGCCGCUUCCCUGUGGACCUUCCUUUGCAAUCCUGCUCUCUCCUUGUUCUCUUAGCAUGCUUCUUCCUGAAACCUGACAAGCUCAGAUACCUCUCUUUGCUUUCUCAUAUUAAACUUUAGGGACAUUCAGGCCAGAUUUUCCUUGACUUGGGAUAGAUGAUCAUUUAACUCGUGGUCUCUUAAAGUAUUGCUCAUGUAACCAUAUGGAAAGCCUGGUCAUUAGUAAUACUCAGCUACACAAUGAGGCUUUUCUGUAGUGUCCAAUCCAAUAGAUUGAGGCACCUGUAUCACAUGGUUUGAUACUAGAGAUGACCAGCUUGCCACAUGUGCACUUCAGAAAACAGUUGUAGGGGAACCAUAACCAGUAGCCACAUUUUAGUGAGGUCCCUUGCACUUUCUGAAACUUCUUUUGGUAUUAGCCAUCUGUGCAGUGGCUCAGUUCAGACAGCCUUCCAAGCCAUGAUUAUGGUUCAGUGUUUGAAGGAACAGCAUAGAAAACCGGCUACAGAUUUAACACCAGAACCCCAGCACACCAUGAGUCCCUCACUUAAAACUGAUACUAAGAAAAUGUCAGCAUACCAAGGGAUGUAUUAACAGGGCCUAGUACACGUCAGAAAAGCGGCUUGCUUCUUUCCCUUCCAUCUCCCCUGUCAUUUUUACUAAUACUAUCAGGUUUGUCAAUUUCAGCAACUGUGAAAUCGUAAUCAUUUAAAGUGUUGAACUACCACUUUAAAAGGGGGGGACGUGCAUAAAACGUUUCCUUGGGUUUCCUUGCAAAUCGCUUUCAUCCAGUAAUACCCUGUGAAGUUCUUUGGAUCUGCAGCUGCAGCAAAAGUGUUGACCCUUACAAACACCAUUCCUAGGUAGCCACCUGUGAUAAGUCAGCCCAGCACUUAAGGUUCUGCUGCUAUUACCAGAUUAACCUCAGGGUCAGCAAGUGUAAGGAGAAGGCUUUAAGUCAGACCAUCUGUUUUCAGGCUAGGACUGGCAAUAGCUGAGCAGGAGGCAUAGGCAAGUGCAGAAGGAGGGCUUAGACCUGGAGAAAGUGGGCAGAAUAAUAGUUGCCUGCUAUUAGGAACAACUUUACUCGAAAGGUCUUGAUAACUCUGUGACAGCAUCGUUGCAAAGAAAACAAUUGGAAUAGGUGCAGUAUGAGCCCACGUUUCAAUCUUCUGCAUCUAAUUUAUACAAAUCAAUCCUGUUUAUCAUAAUACAUCAGCCUUCGUCUACCCAGGACCUUCAAGUUGUUGUCCAUUCACCCCAGCCAGCAUGACCAAUGAUCAGGAAAGGCAAAAGUUGUAGUCUGGAGACCCCCGGGUUUGGAAAGGCUGUGCAGCAUAGCAUCUGAAGCAGAGUGCAAAAGAGGAAGAUAAAUACCAUAUUUUUCGCUCUAUAAGACGCACUUUUUCCCUCCUAAAAAGUAAGGGGGAAUGUGUGUGCGUCUUAUGGAGCGAAUGCAGGCUGCGCGGCUAUCCCUGAAGCCUUCUCUAAAAACUAGGCGCAUCUUAUGGUCGGGUGCGUCUUGUAGAGCGAAAAAUACGGUAACUGAACUUCUUGAUACUGGUGCAAAGUAUGAACUUGUCCAUUAGAACGCCAGUUGAAGCCACACACCUCCAGGAAAGCAAGAGAAAAAAGAAAGAAAGUUGCUUGCAUCAUAAUCAUUCCGGCAAGCUUAGAUUCCAAUCGCUUUGUUAUCUAUUUUAAUGGUCUGGCACUGUUAGUGAUGGGUACAAAGCUCUUAAUAGUCCCUGAUGUGUUAUUAUAACAGCUUGCAUCUGUUAUAGUUGUGUCAGCCAAACAAAGACUGCUUCAAAACUUUUGGAUGUGCUGUACAACUUGGACAAGCCAUGUGCUUGCCAUCCCCACCAAGUGGCGUACUUAAGAGUGAUUUCAUUCCAUUGGCGUUGUAGUUACGUAGGCAUCUGCCGUGGUUGAAUUUGCAGCUGUUGUUAAGUGUAGGUGCAUGGUGUCUUUCUAAAGCCAUGCAUGAAAUGUGUGUAGAUGAGCAUUCCCUGUGUCUAGCUCUUGUUUACCUUGCUAUGGGUGCAGAGUUGUGGGGGGGGGGGGGGAGUCCUUUUUUGUCCCUUUGGUGCUUGCUUCUCAUUCCAAAAUAGCAUUGGUCCCUGUUCCUAGCCAAUAAGAGUUUAAACAUGUCAUUAAUGAAAGUGUGAGGAAGGAGCCAUCCCACUUGUCCUCUGUAGUCAGCUGAAGUUAGCAAGGCAGGUGAAGCUCUUUGAUUUGCUUUUUUUUUUAAAUGGAGAUUGUGACUACCCAGGUUGCCUAGCAUUCAGCCAAGCAGUCUGUUUGCUUGCCAGGAGUAUGGACUGUACUGAUCGGCUAAUGAUCAGCAGAUCUGUUGCCAGCUGUGGCUGCCCUCUGUCAGGAGAAAUGGAAGGCCAAAGUGUUCCGUUCAAGAGUUGAGGGUUCCUGAGAAACCCUUGCAACAAAAUCACAGCAGAGCUCUGCCUCGUGUGCAGCGAGCAGCUCUUCCGAGAGGGUAAAAGCGUCACUUAUCAACAGUAUGUAAGCCAGUUGCAAUUUUGCUUUAAACUCUUUUCAAAGAGGAACCCGCUUUGAACCACCUCUCUGCUUUGUGCAGUCUCCAUCAGGCCCUGCAGGGCAGCCAUGUUUGGAGGGGAGCCAAUCAGCCAGCCAAGUGUCAGCUGUCUUUCAGGAACCAAGAAAAUCGGAAUCCAUAGCCGCCGACUUUAGAUCUAGAUUUACGACUUCAGAGAGGUGGGGAGGAAGCAGCUUCUUCAGGUGUUUCAGCAAGUGCUCACAUGUAGACUUCCACAAUAAGCUGCCUUUUCAUCCCCAGCCCUUAAUCGUUAGCUUUCCGUGGGCCUUGCAGCUGUGACAGAUUGGCGCCCUUUCUGUCAGAUUUCAUCUUUUAGAUCUCCUUUGCGAAACAAGUGGGACCUAGUACAGUUCUGUAGUAUCUCUAUGGUGCACAGAAGUGAAUUUGUGCUCUAACUUUGGUCUGUGUUGGGGAAACCGAAAGUGUUUGCCAGCCGUGUUUAAUGGGAGAGAAAUGACAUUUUCUGGCCUAAGAAUUGUCUUCUCUUUCUUGUACAUGAACACCAAUAAAGAUUUGUGCAGUUUUGUGACUGGCCAGCUUUGCUGUUUUGUAACUGAAUGCUCUUUACUUAGAAGCUGUUGCAAACCUUUGUGCUGUCACUAUUCCCCUUUCUGAACACCCGCUCACGUGCUCAUUGCCUUGUCUUCCUUAAAGCAGAACAUUUCUCUCUUCUGCCCACCCCACCCCACAUUUUCUCCUGCUUCUUUUCAUGCAAUUCUCCCACCACAACACUAAGCAAGGAAUCUUAAUUCUUUCAUGUCUACCUCUCCCGUUUGGCUUCCUGUGACAAGCCUCUCUUUUUCUUUAUUACCUUUCAAGAUAACCAUCUUACAUACCCUUUAGGUGCAGCUACGGCUUCCUUGAUGACCUGCAUUGGCCAGUGCUAGAAGCCUUAGCCCACUGGGCAUUCCUGGUACACUCCUACCAUGAGAUGGGAAUUUGGGUGGCUUCUAAGAUUUUCUUCCCCACUCCCCCUUUAAAAAAAAAAAUCCUUUGCCUGGUCAAAGAGCAAAUUGAGAGAUGCCGCCGUCCAAUUUUUACUUUUUCAAAGUAGCCAAUUUUGCCUAUAUGUUCAUUAUCAUCAUCUUUUUUUUUUUUAAUUAAAGUUCAUUUUCACAAACUAACCCUCUCGUUUUUGUUUGUUUUUUUCCUUUCUCUUUUCUUCUCCGGUUUCCCUUCUCGUUAUGGUAGACUGAUCCUUGGUUAUCAUUGCAGAACUAUGGCGGCGGAAUGAGACCUCCACCCAACUCUCUAGGGCCCGGCAUGCCUGGGAUUAACAUGUAAGGCAACUGCCAUGCUGCUGGCUUUCCGUUGACGUUCUUACAAUUCUAGAUGUGGAAAUCAUUUUGGCUUCACGUUGUCACCCUGUACAUGCUGAAAGCUUGUUUUCUCUCAAACUCCAGGGGUCCAGGAGCUGGUAGACCAUGGCCCAAUCCCAACAGCGCUAAUUCAGUAAGUGUCCAUUUAUUUGAAUGCCUUUGUUCUUGUAAACUUGGCCCUCAUAAUUUAGUUUUCCUGUAGUACUUGAAUUCCUCUCAUUUGCCAUCUUCUGGCAUUCUACUGUCAGGGUGAGUGGGGACAACCAAACUAACUAGGCCCACACUGCAGCCACCAUUCCAGUCUCCUUUCAUGAGUUGGAGGGAGAAAGUCUGAAUCAAGGAGUCUCCUGUACACAUAGGUCCUGCUUUCCAAGCAUAAUGUGUUGCUGAGAAAUGGCUCGUUAGGCGAGCAUUCGCCUAACGAGUCAAUCAUUUCCUUUGUUUUCUAUUGGGAAAUCCCACUACGUUCCCUGAUAAAACAAGGCAACAGGAGAAACACCACAUUUUCCUACUAUAUAUCUACACCAGCAUGGUCUCUCCACCCCGUCACCCUCCCCCAGUUCUUCCUCCAUCUCUGAUAAGUGCUACUAGCCUACCCCUUUUCUGCCCGUUUUUGAACCAGUUCCACUCCCCUUGCCUGAAUCUAACCAGUGAGUUAGUUGGUCAACAAUGUCACUUCAUGAGCCCAUGAGGACAGCCAAGGGAAGGCACGUGGGACUGAGCUGAGGAGCUUCCUCCGCUGGUGCAGCCCCCACCUCUUUAUCCUCCUUUAUUCGCCCUCCUCUGGCACUGAGGCCUAGGCAAAGAGUGAAGCCUAUGAUGAAGCUGAGGCCAGCAUCGGCACCAAAUCCUCUUCUUCCUCCACCAGCUACUGCAGUGACGAAACUCACUCGCUCAGUCCUGGAGGAAGCCAAGCUCCUCCUCCUCCUUUUCUUCAUCCUUGGUGUCUCCCUCAUUGUCCCAGCUGCCAACCUGGCUGGCACUCUGUGGGCUUGGCUCUGACAUGUUCUUUGCCGCUCAGGGACAGCGACUUGGCCCCCAUCUCAACGACUGAGGAAGAGGCUUUGCUUGUGGGCUCAAAUACACAGUAGGAAAAUUUCAGGCUCACCGUUGAAAAUAAAGCUCCCGAUUAAGCAACACCAUUCUCACAAGUCCAGCUGUUCAGAUAUCUGAAUCAGCCGUUUGUAUACCAAAGUUUGGGCACAACUAAGCAAAUUUUUGCAUAACAAGUGUUCAGUUAGCGGGACCUGCGUGUGCCGGUAGAGACUCUUGCGUGUUUUCCAACCCCAGAAUAUCAGGCUUCUAAAAUGGUUGGGGAACUGCCACAAGUACAGGAAUCUCCCGGCUUCAGACAUUUGCCAUCCAAUGGUGGCCAGGGGACAGAUCUCGUGUGCUUGUUCCCACUGCCCUCCCUUGUGUGCAAUCUUUUAAGAGGGUUCCUGAAUCUCUGUUGAAAUGUGUUGAUUCCCCUUCCCAGUAUAGCUGUCAACGUUUCCCUUUUUUAAAGGGAAAUUCCCUUAUUCCGAAUAGGAUUCCUCACAAGAAAUGGGAAAAGUUGACAGCUAUGCCUUCCCAGUGGGAUGGUGGGAUGUGCUCCAGUGUCCCUCUGCUCCUAUCUUGGGUUCUCUGAACAUUUUAAAAAAACAAUAAGACUGAAAUGAUGUCAUCUGGGUUGUAUGUGUUGCAUCCAUCUCCUGAACACAGGUAACAGUUGUUGAGACAUCCAGGUAUAGGGCGGUAUAUAAAUUCAAUAAUAAUAAUAAAUUUAUUUGUAUGGACUCUUGGCCUACAGUCAUCACCUGUAGGAUUCAUUUCCCUGUACAGUUGGUAUAUUUCAUCAAGUAAUGCCUAUGCUCUGAUCUUCUUGCAGAUUCCAUACUCUUCUUCAUCGCCUGGUACAUACGUGGUAGGUUUAUAUUUCUUUAUGGGUCAUGACAUGCCGGUCCAGCAUACAAUUCAAUAUUUUGGUGUUUGCGUGCACACAAAUAGGAAUCCUAGCUCAGGAUACAAGUGCCUGCAGGGACUUGGUUCCGUACCUUGUGUAUUCGCUUCUGCAGUGAGGCCAAGAAUUCUAAAAAGUCCAAGCUGCAUGGUUUCUGAGGAAGCUCCUUUCUGUUCCUCAAGACAAUGUGAAUAAAGCAUGUUAAAAGCCGCCCCGCCCCCCCCAGUCUUGAACAUGCCUCAAAAGUAGGGAAAGAAAUCCCUUAGCGACCCCAGCUGUGCGAAUGGUGGUGGUGGUGCACUGGUGGUGUAACUGUGUUUAAGGGGUCUCGAGAACGCAUUUCGCACGGUGAUUACAAUUUGUGUGUCGGUGGAGAACUUUGAAUGCACACUCCUCUAGUUGUUCUGGAAUGAGAUCGUCCCAUUGGCACAUCCAAGAAGUACGUUGCAGCGUUCUGAGUUGCCCGUUUCUGUUUGCACCUUCUGCAGAUGUGAAGGUUAUAGAAAGAAUACCCCCUGUUAACUACCCUGGCAGAUAGACUUGGUAUGUGGUCCUUGCACAGAUGUGCCCCCCCGCUCCUCAGUAAAACCUUCAUUUUUCCCGAGGCUUAAACAAAGAAAUUGCACUUUGGCUACAAGAGUGCAUCAAAGGUUUUAGCGGGAGAUUAAUGCUUGGCUGAAUACCAAGGUGAGACAUUGUUGCUGACAGCAGCAGGAUCUGGCUGACCUAUUGCAGGCUGUGUUAUCACAGUGGUUCCUGAUGUGUAUUUAAUCUUGUCAACAGGGGCCCCCUGGUGGCGGAGGUCCUCCUGGAACACCUAUCAUGCCUAGCCCCGCAGGUAAGGGUGAAAGAAAGCAGCACUAAUUUCCCAUUUUUUAUUUUUUUAAAAAGAGAAUUGAGAGCCCGGUAAUGGUUGGGUUAGCUUAGCAGGUUUCCUUUGCUGCUGGAUUUUAUUUAAGGUCGCAACAGCAACAAUCUGCAUGCCACCGAUGCACUGUUUGGCUAUUGAUUGGGCGCAGCUGCUGUAAAGCAACCUGACUCUUUUCAAAGGGAGAGGUUUUGUCUUCUGUUCCUCUUUCCCUGCCCUUGCUGCCAGCCAUGUGCUGAUGGCUUUUAUUCUGCCAGGGCUUAAAACAUGAGGGAGCCCCGCAAGAGGCGUAUGAGAAAUGGGGUUAGUGGGAGAUUUGGCUGCACCAAAAGCCUUUCCUGAGGGGUGGAAGGCAGCACGCACCGUACUUUGGCCUUGAGCUCCCAGUAAGCCAUGUGAAAGAGGUCGCUGCGUCCCUUGAUGAAUUAUCCAUGUGAAAUUUGACACGUUGGGAGAGGUGCCGGUAAUUUUUUAAAAACCUAUUUUUAUGUUGGUAGAUAAGGAAAAAUCAUUUGUGGGAGGGGUGGAUUUGUAGAAGUUAACUAGGAACAUUCUCCAGAUAUCCAAAAGAAGUUUAAAGAGGGUUAUUGUUGUUGUUUUUAAGCCAGUCCCACCCACCUUUAAAAAAAACCCCAACUUCUUUAGGGCUGUUCUGUUCUUGGGUUGCCCAAUAUUAGCACCAGGAAGGCCUACACAAAUCUCUUUUUGUUGUCCAGGUCAGUGUUGUCGUGUUGCCAUAUUUCUACUGGGAGUGAAUUCCACUUUGUAAAACGGUGCUCACUCCCCAGGAGGCUGAGUAAAAUUCCCUCCCCCCUCCAUGUAUUUCCAUCGUAGUAAAGUGGGAGGGGAGGAAGAGAGAGUGUGUGUCAGUGUUGGGUCCGGUGAAUAUUCCUGAUAGGCCUGCAAGGGUGAUUUACUAUACAUUGCAUGUGUCGGUGGCAAGAAUAAAAGCAGGGGGAGUGGUGGCUCUGGGGAGGUAAGCCAUGCCGCGUGUAACUCUCGUGUACCACAGCUGCAGGGGUGGAGCUUCAGUGUAGUAUUACCACUGCCUUCCUGCUCUUGCAUUUAUAUGAGAACUCUGACCUACAUUUCAGACUAGGUCAUAAUAAAACAAUCCAUAUGUUAAUGUAGGCACCACUCCUCUCUCUCUCUCUCUCUCUCUCUCUCUCUCUCUCUCUCUCCUGUCACCAUUGCCUGCUUGUAAUUUGUGUAUUUUUGUUUGUAUUCUGCCCCUCAAUUAAACACUUGUCUUGUAGUGCUUUCAUUAUUAAGAAAAAUAUUGGGUUUUCUGUUUUUUUUUAAAAAAAAAAUAUAUUGUGACUAAAUGUCAUCCAUGUAUUUUGUUAUUUUUUUAAAGAUGAAAUAUGAUGUUGUAGUAAGAUAAUUGCAUCAGCUAAUUUUGAGGUGUUAUGCGACACAUGGCAGCAAAUUAUCUUUCUACACCUCUCCUGGCAAGAAAGCCCCAAUAUUCUCGGUUAGUAGCAGAAUUCUUUUCACAGUUGAAUUUCUGUGAUUAAAAACUUUGUGAAUCUUCAUUAAAUACAAAUUAGCCAGAAAAUGGUGGUACUUAGAGAGAAUUUUAGGUGAUAAAAUACAAAAGAAUGAGUUCAAGUGGCAUGAGUUUGUUUUAAUUAAGAAAUGAAUUAAUCACCCUGACUUAGUGGGUUUCACUGUUCUACAGAUUCGACAAAUUCAAGUGACAACAUCUACACAAUGAUUAAUCCCGUACCGCCUGGAGGCAGUCGGUCGAAUGUAAGUCUGCUUUCUAAUAAUUUACAUAUCAGAUACCAUAACAAAUCAUAAUUAACUUCAUCAGUUGAGGGUAAAGCAGUUUAAUUGAUUUCAGCCAUUUGUUACAAAACAGAAAUAAAACAAACCAUCAAAAAGUGAUUAACUCUUCAGCGACUUUGUUAAUUUUUUACGCUUAUUAAAACAGCGGCGUUCACGCAGCUCUGGUCAAGAUUGUCAUGCACAUUGCUGGUUAGCGGGGUUGCAUUUAAAGGAGACACAGCUGACACCCGGGCCUUUCUUCACCUUUUACUCAAGCUGAUCUCCAAGAGAUUCUGUUAAGAUUACCUGCCAGAUUUUUGUCUUCAGGACAAUGCCAGCCCAAUAUUUCAGAUAAGCAGCUCUUAUUGGGGAAGGGCAGCUCUUUCCUGAAUACUUCUAUGUUCAGACCUAGUUUUUCAGACUGAACUAGUCUAAACUCCAGUAGCUGGAUGAUUGCUUAAAGUGUGUCCUGUCCAUUUCUCAGAAAACGUUGUCCAAAGAGGAUGGAAUACAGAAUAGAGAGGAGGCAGAGGAGGAGCAAACACUUAAAUCUCAGGGUUUUAAUUCAUGGGAUGUUAGGAGAAGCAAACUGAUGGUUGCAAGAAUAAAAAACAACUGGGGUCUAAAUACAGGUGUUGUGGCUUAAUCCAUUAAAGCUAAAGAAAUCUGGUCCUAGCCAGUAUUUGGAUAGAAAACUGUCAAGGAAUCCAGCGUGUGCUUCCCUAUGUAACUUGAAUGAAAGGCAGGGGUACAAUUAGAUGACAUGGAGCCUAAAGAAAUCUUGACUGGCAACUGAAACAUUUUGGCAGAUGAGAUUUCAGAGGCCUGGAUUAGUCAUGUUAUUAGAACUUCCACCUCUUGCACUACUUCUGUCACUUAAGGGCAGGAUUCAGCAAAUGAGCCCCACCAGCAGAAGCCCAUGUAUGGACUUCCGCUAGCUUUCCUCCCUCUCCUCCUCCUGUGCCCACAAAACUGGCUCUGUUGGGAUCAGGAAAACACCCACAAGCACCUGCAGGGGGAAGAGAAGGCAGAGCAUUCAUUUCAUCACGCAAGCACAAAAAUUUGCUUAAUGCUCUGUUGAAUUCCUCCCUUGGUUUGCACAUGGCAAGUUGGAGAUGGCUUUUAUAUGGACCCUGCAUAUAGUAGUAGUUUGUGGUCGAAGGGUUCCAGACUGCCCACACAUGGUGCUGAAGUAGAGGGUGGUAGCAAAAUUUCUGUACAGAUGAAAAGUACUGUAGUUGUGGCAUGGCCGGGCGUAGGCCAUCCAACAGUAUCAGAUGCCCAGACAACCAUGUGUUAAGCUGGACAGCAGCUGCUCCAUUUGGCUGUCCACUUUGAUCCAAAAGAGAAGAGCAGAGUUCUCUGCAACUUCCUUGUCAGGACUGAGUCUGCCCACAGGAGUGGUACAAGAUGCAAUAGAUCAAUGGCUUCUUCGAAGAGACAGGGUGUGUAUCAAACCUCCUCAAUUUGGAAGACACAUACCCAGUGGGCGAUGGUGGGUUUUCAGUGCAAACUGUUGUUUCCUAAAGAACUUUUCAUUAUUUUGUGUUUUAAACAGAAUUCAGAAACCUCAGUUUGCAGAGCAUUGCUGCCAUUGGUGUUCUGAAGCAUCUAGCUACCAAUAGACAUACAAGCUAAUAUAUUGUAUGUUGGAUAUUUUAUAAUAUGAGUGAUGUGUGGUAACUGACAGCUCUUUCUUUCUUUCUUUCUUUCUCAGUUCCCCAUGGGACCUGGCUCAGAUGGCCCAAUGGGAGGCAUGGGUGGGAUGGAGCCGCAUCACAUGAAUGGCUCAUUAGGUAAGACUUCAGCAAUAUUCAGCGUUUUUGGACUAUCAUCUCACGGGACAUCCCAGAACCAGCAGUGAUAAAAUGAGUUCUAGUUGCACACUUUGUCAUUUUAACUGUAUAGGAUGUGCAAUCACAAACAUGUUUUAACAUUUUUCAUGUACUUGUUCCUGGCUGAAAACAUUGCUUUAUGUUAAUGUGGGAAUGCAGAAUUUUUGAUUGGGGGAUCAACACCAGGCAGUGGAAUAGUUGUUUAAGAUAUGUUAUAAUCUAUUUGGGUCCAGAAUUAGAGUACCCUUGGUACAGAACCCUGGGAGGACAUGCAGCGAACCACAAAUUGCUUUGAUUGUUGCUUUUUGCAGUGACCCUGGUGUAGGGUUAUUUCGGGUGUAUGGUUGAAAUUAAAAUAGCAGUCACCCAGCACUGCACUCUAGGGGGGAAAUGUUUGAAUCCGGGAUUAGUACAGGUAUCGGUCCUUGCAAGGACCCCUUGCAAAGGUGGUGGGGUGACCCUAGUCCUAGCUAGACUCCACACCUGGGGCCUUUGUCCUGUUACUCUGCAAAAUUCUGUAGCAGAUGCUUUCUGACCUCAGAGCUCCUAAGACUCUGCCUGUUGGCUGAUGUGUGCUUUCAGCAUUUGUUUUUGUGGUGCGGAUCCUGUUUGUUUCCAGAGCUUUGGGGACUUGCUCAGUGCCGGUAAUCUACAAAGCCCAGUCUUGUGAGGACUUGGCCAUUCCUGACACACUCAGGAUAGGAAAGUAGCCAGGGAGCAGGGACUGCUGGUCACAGGCUUUGCCAGGCUCCUGUUGAUGGAUAAAGGCGAAGCGGCAGCAUCAACCUAACCGUGGCACGAGUGUUUUAAUUAAAGCAGCAGAAAGACCCAUUAACCUCCUAUGUUUGCCUUAUACAUCUUGCUGAAGUAGAGGUGCUAUACUCCAUCUUGAUCAGUGUCACGAAGCUCGCGGGAGGGAGCCGAGGCCGUAGCAACUCGAUUAGGCCAUUACUCUAGUGCCGUGCAGGAAGGUGAGCCGGGGCUCUGCUCCCGGGAGUUCUGCAUGCAAAGGAAUGGCAGCUGAGGCAACCCCAGCAUGUCCCUUUCUGGAGGCAAAUGUUAAGAGGUUUGCAUUAGCCCAGCUGUGACCUGCAGCUCACUAAUGUACUGCCAGCUGCUUCCGGGAAGGCCAAGGCGGAGCUUUUUGCAGCCGCGUCUUAUUUCUGGAUGAUGGUUCAGGAACCGGACACUUUGGUGCGGAACGGGGGUGGGGGAGUGGGGAGAGCUGAUGGGGGGGGGGCCCUGAUCAAGAGCAAGGAAAUCAGCUAUCCCCCACUAACAGCCUACCGUUCUUUUCUUUCUUUUGUUCUUCUUUCACAAGGGUCAGGAGACAUAGAUGGACUUCCAAAAGUAAGUCUGCAUUCUUAGACUGGGCCGUGUUCUUUUGUUCUUGCUUUCAUGGACAAAAUAACAACUAUGUUGGGGGGUUAAUAUGGAACCCUGGGGGUAGGGCCAGGGAAGGAGUACUGAAGCUCUACCCUUCUUUUCUGCCCUCUGCUCACCAGUGCAAGGACAUUUUCUCCCUCUUCUCCCCCCCCCCCCCCCUUUUGCUCUUAGCCCUGUGAGGGAGUCAUCAAACACAAGUCAUUUUCUCAUAUAUAUUUAGCUAUCCGUGUGAUCUUUUUUCCAUUGUAGAACAAUAUGUUUUUGUUGCAGUUGCUAGUACGCAGCAUACUCAAAAAGGCACACACUCACUUCUUGCAUGUGUAUCUCUGUGUGGUCUGUUGUUUCUUUUUAAAACAAAAAAAAACCCUGCAGAAUUCUCCAAACAACAUAAGUGGCAUUAGCAAUCCUCCCGGCACUCCACGAGAUGAUGGUGAACUGGGAGGCAACUUCCUCCAUUCCUUCCAGAAUGACAAUGUGAGUCAUCCUUACACCAACUCUUCAUGCUAACUGGGGUUUGAAUCACAGAGCCUGUUAGGCUCUUUCAAGCUAUUUCUGGGAAGGAAUCAUUGAUAUGUGCAGAGAGGGGAGAGGGAGGGGGUGCUAUGUGAUCAUAAAAGGGUGGGGGAAGGGAACUAGACAUAGAGAAAUGGCAGCUUUGGAGCUGACAAAACUUGGGAAAGGUACACAGUACGGCAUAUUGAGAUGUGACAUACCUUUCAAAGACAAAAGGUAUAAAUGGUUCCAAACCGAGGCAAUUAAAAUAGAGAAAAGAAACCAUGGUUCGCUUGUCUUGCUAAGCCAUGAUUUGCUUAGCUUCACUGCUGUGCUUUGCUUGCAUCUCUGAACCACCCACUCCAGCCAACUAAUUAUGGUUUGCCCGUGGCCAACAAACCAGACUGUGAAACCAUGGCUUUAAGCUGGCUUAUGAAGCUAUGCCUACAAAACAAGAGGCAGGAGCAGUCAGAAAAUGAAGCCAACAUUGGACAGCACCAGCCAUGGUUACUUGACUCAUUUGUGAGGGUCAUCCUGGUUUGAUCAGCAAGCCAUGGGUUAUUAAGUUGGACCACCCAGCAAUGUAGUUACCACUUCGAAACAUGAUUACAGUCAGCAGGCAAGCAGCAAAUUAAUAUGUAUGGCUUCCAAGAACUGUAUAUGUGAGUGAGUGAGAUCACAUCUGGCAGUCUACAUGUCCAUUUCAUGCUGUUUCCAUAACAGUGAUUUCGGUGAAUGUGAAGCAUCUAAAUAGAAGGAUUCCCCCUGCUCACUAGAGGAAGGCCUCAUCCUGCCCUCCCCCUUGUUCUGGAGUGUCUUCUGGCGCUUUGGAGAAACUUUCCAGAGUGGGAGGGGGAGAGGAAGAAUCUGCAAUGGCUUCCCUCCUUUCCUCCUGUGAGGGGUCCUGUGGGGACAGAGUUCUACCCAUCAGUAGUCUCAGAUGAUGGUUAUUGCACCAGCCAUGUAUAUCUAUGUUUUGCAUAGUAGCAUAUGCCAAAGAUUGAGCCCUGCCCUGCCCUUCAGAAUUCCCAGUCAAAAUUUGAUGAGCAAAGGGGAAGGGCUAGGAAAGCUGCCUGCCUCCUUUAGUUGAAUACGUCCAUACAUGAGGUCCUAAUAAUAAUAAUAAUAAUAAUUUAUUAUUUAUACCCCGCCCAUCUGGCUGGGCUUCCCCGGCCACUCUGGGCGGCUUCCAAAAGAAUAUUAAAAUACUAUAAUACAUCAAACAUUAAAAGCUUCCCGAAACAGGGCUGCCUUCAGAUGUCUUCUAAAAGCCUGGUAGUUGUUGUUCUCUUUGACAUCUGGUGGGAGGGUGUUCCACAGGGAAGGCGCCACUACCGAGAAGGCCCUCUGCCUGGUUCCCUGUAACUUGGCUUCUCGCAGUGAGGGAACCGCCAGAAGGCCCUCAGUGCUGGACCUCAGUGUCCGGGUAGAACGAUGGGGGUGGAGACGCUCCUUCAGAUAUACUGGACCAAGGCCGUUUAGGGCUUUAAAGGUCAGCACCAACACUUUGAAUUGUGCUCGGAAACGUACUGGGAGCCAAUGUAGGUCUUUCAAGACCGGUGUUAUGUGGUCUCUGCGGCCGCUCCCAGUCACCAGUCUAGCUGCCGCGUUCUGGAUUAGUUGUAGUUUCCGGGUCACCUUCAAAGGUAGCCCCACGUAGAGCGCAUUGCAGUAAUCCAAGCGGGAGAUAACCAGAGCAUGCACCACUCUGGCGAGGCAGUCCGCAGGCAGAUAGGGUCUCAGCCUGCGUACCAGAUGGAGCUGGUAAACAGCUGCCCUGGACACAGAUUUGACCUGUGCCUCCAUGGACAGCUGUGAGUCCAAAAUGACUCCCAGGCUGCGCACCUGGUCCUUCAGGGGCACAGUUACCCCAUUCAGGACCAGGGAAUCCUCCACACCUGCCCGCCUCCUGUCCCCAAAAACAGUACUUCUGUCUUGUCAGGAUUCAACCUCAAUCUGUUAGCCGCCAUCCAACCUCCAACCGCCUCCAGGCACUCACACAGGACCUUCACUGCCUUCACUGGUUCUGAUUUGAAAGAGAGGUAGAGCUGGGUAUCAUCUGCAUACUGAUGAACACCCAGCCCAAAUCCCCUGAUGAUCUCUCCCAGCGGCUUCAUGUAGAUGUUGAAAAGCAUGGGGGAGAGGACAGAACCCUGAGGCACCCCACAAGUGAGGGCCCAGGGGUCUGAACACUCAUCCCCACCACCACUUUCUGAACACGGCCCAGGAGGAAGGAGCGGAACCACUGUAUAACAGUGCCCCCAGCUCCCAGCCCCUCAAGACGGUCCAGAAGGAUGUUAUGGUCGAUGGUAUCAAACGCCGCUGAGAGAUCCAGCAGAACUAGGAAACAGCUCUCACCUUUGUCCCUAGCCCGCCGGAGAUCAUCAACCAGUGCGACCAAGGCAGUUUCAGUCCCAUGAUGAGGCCUGAAUCCCGACUGGAAGGGAUCCAAAUGGUCCGCUUCUUCCAGGCGUGCCUGGAGUUGUUCAGCAACCACUCGCUCAAUCACCUUGCCCAAGAAUGGAAGAUUUGAGACUGGGCGAUAGUUGGCUAUCGUGGCCGCAUCUAAAGAUGGUUUUUUAAGAAGCGGUUUAAUAACCGCCUCUUUCAGCGGGUCUGGGAAGGCCCCUCACGGAGGGAAGCAUUCACCACCCCACGAAGCCCAUCGCCCAGUCCUUCCCGGCUAGCUUUUAUAAGCCAGGAUGGGCAAGGAUCAAGGAGGCAAGUGGUUGGUUUCACUCGUCCAAGCAGCCUGUCCACAUCCUCGGGGGUAACAGAUUGGAAUUGAUCCCACACAACUUGACUAGACAGGACUCUAGCACUCUCCCGCCCCGGCCCUGCUCCCACGGUGGAGUCUACCUCUUCUCGAAUCUGAGCGACUUUAUCUGCAAAAACUUUGCAAAGUCAUUGCAGGAGAUCAUGUGGCCGCUACUGGGCCCUGAUGGAGCAGGUGGUUCCGCUAAAUUGCGAACCACCUGAAAGAGUCUCCUGCUGCUGUUUUCCGCAGAUGCAAUAGAGGCGGUGAAGAAAGUCUUCUUCGCCGUCGCUAUCGCCACUUGGUAGGCUCGACAUUGAGCUCUAACCCGUGUCCGGUCAGAUUCAGAAUGGGUUAUCCGCCACCGGCGCUCUAGCCGUCUCAACGAUUGUUUCAUUGCCCUCAGAUCCGUGGAAAACCACGGGGCUGUCCGGACUCCAUGCAAUCGGAGAGGGCGCUUUGGAGCCAAACAGUCAAUAGCCCUGGUUAACUCCACAUUCCAGCGGGCCACCAGGGAAUCAGCUGAAAGGCCAUCAACAUGGGAUAAAACAUCCCCUACCACUCUCUGGAAACCAUUUGGAUCCAUUAAGUGGCGGGGGCGGACCAUCUGAAUCGGUCCCGCCUCCCUGCAGAGGGGAAGGGUCACGGAGAAGUCCAGUUGCACCAGGAAGUGAUCUGACCAUGGCACUUCUUUGGUUUCGCUUUUACUUAAUGUCAGAUCACCAACAUCCAUAGAGGUGAACACCAGGUCUAAGGCAUGCCCGUGGCUAUGAGUUGGGCCAGACUUAUUCAGGGACAGCCCCAUGGAGGCCAUGCUUUCCACGAAGUCCCGAGCGGCCCCUUGUAAGGUCGUGUCGGCAUGGAUGUUAAAGUCCCCUAGGACAACCAAACUAGGUGUCUCCAGGAGGACAUCCGCCACGACCUGAAGCAGCUCGGGCAGGGAAUCCUUGGUGCAGCGGGGAGGUCGGUACACCAAUAGGAAUCCUGUACUGCCCCUAUUGCCCAACUUCCAGAACAUGCACUCAGAGAACUGGGUCUUUCCAAUAGGACGCCUGGUGCAAACUAAUGACUUCCUAAAAAUCACUGCAACCCCCCCUCCCCGCCCACAAGGCCUGGGUUGCUGUGCGUAAGAGAAACCUGGUGGACAAGCAGCGGCAAGGACGGGCCCAUCUGCUUCAUCCAACCAGGUCUCUGUCACACAUGCCAGGUCAAAUCCUCCAUCCACAAUCAGGUCGUGGAUGGCAGAGGUUUUAUUCAUCAUUGACCUGGCAUUGCACAGCAACACUUUCAGGUCAUGUGGGUUUCCCUUGUUGAUUCCAGUAUCCUUCCGGUCAGGACCAGACCUGGAGGCAGGGAUAGUCCUCAAACAACGACUAAGCCUGCUUCCUCGGUAAUGACAUGGUCUGGUCUUAGCGUAACUCCUCCUCCUACCCGUGAUCACUGAGAUCGGUUGUCCGAGUGCAUCCCCCCCUGUGGAACCUGCCCCAGCCAUUUUGUUUGCUGGGACCCACUCCCAGGCAGCCCUGACCCCUCCCCUUAAAAUCAAAUUAAAACCUAUACAAAAAACAAACUAACAGAACAAUAAAACUAUAAAAACAAAAAACAAAGUUACAAACACAACAUAAUUAAAUUAAACAAAUUCCCACACCCAACUAAACACUCACCCCACCCCACACACCCGAGGCCUCCCUGGAGCCCCAUAAGCUGCGGAGGCGAGUAUGGGGCCCGCCCCCAUGCCCAAGGUGGAAAAUGGGCUUCAAGGGGGAGCGGUCCUCCCCAAGACUCAUAGGCAGAGCGGCAGCAGCAGUGUUUCCCUCCAGAUGAGUUAGUUCUACCAGUGGUACUUCAUUACAUGCAGUGGUGCCUUGAAAUGAAACACAGUAUGUUUCCUAUAAAAGACUGUAAACUGGCGCUGUAUUUAUCAUUAUAUACAUUUGGAAUUUUUUUUUAAAUUGUGUUCUGCCACAUACUGUUUAGGCUUUUUUUAUUAUUAUUAAACUCUCCUUUACCCCCCAGUUUGGCAAACUGUGGUUUGGGGAAAUGGGAGUGAUUACGUCCUGAUAAAUUAAUCUUUAGCACAUUCUAGCCCUCCUGAUUUAUUGAAGCCAAUUACGUUGCUUUAUAGUUUUCAUAAGCCCACAUCUCUUUCAUAUCUCAUUUCCUCAGCUUCCGCAACAUUUAGCAUUUUGGUCUUGUUCUUGCCUCACUCUAACGCUGUGAUUUCUCUCUUUCUCCGCCCCCUCCCCAUUUCCCUCCCAACCGCCCAGUAUUCUCCCAGCAUGACGAUGAGUGUGUGAUUUCCCUCCUCCCUCACCCCGCAUCCUCUUCUCCAGGAUAAAGAAAAAGUCGGCUGCCAUUUGGAGGAUCUCAAGAAAUUAUGCAAGAAGAGAAUCUAGGUGUGUUUGGCAGGGAGACAUGCAGAGAGCCGGGGGGAGACCCACCCCUGAUUUUUAGUUUCAUGCAAUAAAAAGGCUGAACUUUUUAUUCCAUAAAACAAUGAAGGACAAAUCUUUAAAAUAUUUCAAGACAUGACCAGAUCCUUCUGCAGAAGAAGGGUUUAUUCUAUGUACAUGACACUUUUUUGUUGAAUUUUUUUUUUUUUGGAAACAAAACAAAAGCCUCUAGCACCCGAUUUCCAACCUCCUUUGCUUGAUUAUUCUUUUAAACCUGUUGUAUGUUUGUGCUGUGCUACGCAAGGAAGCUAGUCUAGAUAUGAAAUCUCAUGUUGUCUCUGUAGCCAUUUUAAAAUAAUUAAUAAAACUGGAGAGUUUGUUUUUUUUUAUAUAUAAAUUGGUGGGUUUUGUUCGGAAGACCACUUCCUCCCUCUCCCCCCCCCCCAACUUCUUUUUGUUUUGGUUGGUUUUUGUUCCCCCCCACAUUUGAUGUUUUGCAGCACAAAACAUUCUCCAGCAAGGAAGAUCCAAGUGGAACAGAUUUCUUCUGCCUCAUUCUCAGUUGCAUAAUGCAGCUUGGCCCCCUUGUAGGAUCACAUCCUCCAAAACUUUUAAUUGUGAUCUUGGUAUCUGUGACUGUGGCAUGCACUGUAUUAGCCCCCUCCCUCCCUUGUCCUUCUCCCCAAAUUACAAAGAAAUGUUAUUAACUCCCCUUUUGCAAAACUUUUGAAGUGUCAAAAAUUCCGGGGGUGGGUGGGUAGGUGGGGUUAGGGUACGUGGUAUUUUAUUUUUUAUGUUGGGGAGGUGUUGGUCCACCAGAAUUGAAAGGGAAAGGGGUUAAAAACUUGACCUGGGACACGAAAACUGUGAGCGCAAACUUCUUAACAUUUGUUUUUUGUUUUAAUGAAAUGAUGUGAUCUUAUUAGGGUUUCACUGUAUAUGCUCUGAAACUGGAUGGAGAUAUUUUUAAGUAAUUAUUGUUGUUAAAAUGUAUACUUGCUAUUCUGUAGGCUCUCUCUCUCUCUCUUACUCUGUAAUUAAAAGCAAAAUUAAAAAAAAAAAAAACCCUUACCUUCUCAUGGUAGAGGUGACUACAGAAAAGCAUACAAUGUAUAGUGAAACUCGCAAGUCUUGGGAUCUCUGUACAUUACACUCCCUUGUAGCUGGUCUUUGUUUUAUAUAAAAAGAAGAAAAAACUUCACUUCUGAUCUAUGUAUUUCAUAUUAUGUAAAAUAUUAUCUUCCCCUGGAUUUACCUACCUUUGUGCGGAUUCUUGAGAACAUUGUAUCUUGUUUCAGUGUUUUUUCUUACCUUGUAGUCUGGUUCUAAAAUUAAGCGAGGGAAAAGAAAAGUAAUUAUUAUACAUUGUAGUUUGUGUACGAUAUUUGUUGAUAAUGUUUUAUUAAAGGGAUGUCUUUUUUCCGCACCCCUUAACGAAAUGUUUUUUUUUUGUUUGGUUUUUUUGGGGGGAAACAUUGGCUUUUUAUUAUUCUGACUGAAAACAAAAACUAUGUGAAUUGACAAACUUUUUUAGUAGUACAAUGACUUUUUUUAAUGUUUGCCUUCUUCUUAGGCAUUUUAAUUGUGUUUUCUCUGUAGAAAUAUGAUGGGGGGGUGGGGUUGACAAAUGGUUGGUCUCUCAGUCAAGAAAAUAUUUAAAAGCGGGGUGGCGGGGGGGAUAAACCGGCAAACCAAUUUGUCCCAUUGCUAUUGCAGCACCCUUUCUAUUUUUUUUAAAGGAUAACUGACAGGUUUCAUUGUAUUAAAGUGAUAGCUAAAUUAUUGUCUUCAUUGGUUCGGGGUGGUUUUUAAAAGAUGAAUCAAGACCCUCUCCUCUCCCUUGCCCCCCAUGCUGUAAUAAAUAUAAACAUUUGAUUUCA